UUUAACAGGAUUCUCCAGUGCCUGUGAACGGGUAAGCUUUUGUAGCCUCUGGUCAAUGGGAGAGAGAGUCUCUGCCUGGUUAGCAGGGUUGCCGGCUGUGGGCAUUGCCCUGCAACAGUCCACUCUGCCUUAACCAAUGCCUUUCCUGGAGGCCCUGUCUGUGUACCUUGGACGGCGACUCGGUUUUCUGGGCUGUGUUUCCGCCAUCCCUCUCCUCGAGUGCAAGGACCCUGUUGUCGGGCUUGUUUGCUCGUUUGGGAUGCUGGUGGCGAUCUGGGUGUGAUCUGCUAUUGGUUGCCUGGUGUUCACUUGCCCACGCUGUUGGGUACCACCUAGGUGGGCUUUCCAGCUCUUUACGUGUCUCAGUUUGUUUUGAGGCGUUGCUUUUGCAGCCUGGCAUGUUUGCAGUGGUUUUCUCUUCGGCGGGAAGCGGAGCCUUCCGCGUCGCCAUUUUCUGGCACGCUUUUGUAGGUGCGGAGCUUGUUUGAGGUGGGUUCGGGGAGGCUAUGCCAGCGGUAGUUUCCUAGCUGGGUCGCUUGUAGCGGCUUGUCUCUCCCUGAUUUUCCUCCAGAAAGCCUUGAAAAGUGCGUUGAUUCGCUCUAGAGUUUCUGUUAACUGUGUGGAGCCUCGGGUAAGUGAGGCAGUAUUGUCUGCCAUUUUGGAGGCCCCAACUCCCGCCUUGGGGGGGGAAGGGGAGUGUUUCAGUGUCGCUUGCGGCUGUUUGCACUCGGCGGGGAAGCGGCAGUCUUCCCUCGCCACCUCCCAUGCUGCCGUUUUGGUGUCCGCUCUUCCCGGUUGUCAGGUUUAGUCUCAUCAGUCUCCGCCCCCAAGAAAUUAUUUUUAAAUUAUAAACUGCAUGCUCAAGGUGAAAAAAGCUUAAAGCACUAAAGUUUGUUAUACAGAAUAUAUAACACAUAGUAUAUACUUAUUCUGCGUUUGUAAAGUACCAUGCAACGUAAAAAAUGGAAAACGUUACAGUGUAGAUUAUACAACCAAUCACAAAUACUUAUAUUGUCCAGUGCAAACCCAAUGUACCACAGAUGAACUCCUGAACCAGGGGGUCAUGUGGUCUAAUUUAAUGCUGUUCUUGGGAGAGAGAGAUAUUCCCAUUUUUCGCACUUCCAAAGAUGAUAUCCAAAAGUAAAAAAAGGAGAAAACCAAAAUAAAAAUCCAAACACUUUAUAAAGUUCAAUAGUUGUAUACAAUAAUUAAAAUCCUUACUUAAAGUAUGAUUUCUUAAGUCUAAGAGACUCACAAAACGCGUUUUUACUCUGGGACUCCGGAUUACGUCCAGCUUUGUUGCCUAUAGCAUGAGCAAAGCUAUUUUGCAUAUUUCAUACUACAUAGCUGAACUGGAACAAAAAAGUCAAUUUGAGUAAAUGUUCCAAAAUCCUGCACAACAUUUUAUAGCAACAUUUUGAAAUUCCCACGUCAAUUUGUCAUCAUUUUAUUACUUCUGGAAUAAACCACUAAAUGUUUGGUCGUUGAUUAAACGCAAGACAGGCAGAAUGUAUGUCUAAAGAAUUUUCUAUGGCUUUUAAUUCUGCUGAAGAAAAAAAAUUUUAGGUUUCAGUGUUUGUGUUACCACAGGGCUUGACAAAUUUGCUUUAAAUCUAGGAGCCAACUAAAACAGUAAGAAGCCCGUAUUUUUUAUUUUUUUAUUUUAAACUAACAAAGCUUCAUUUCCAAUGACAAAAUAAAAAAAAUGAAUUUACACAUAAAGAAGAUUAGAACCAAAACAUCAUUGGCAUUUAACUUAUGCAUAUAAUGAAUAUAUUCUGAUGUGACACCCCAGACAUUUUAUGCAAUGCAUCAGUUUUUCUAUUUGACUUUUUUUGUGGCCAUGAGCAUACCUUGUAUUUUUGAAUUAAAGUACCAAUACUCACUGGCAGACACACACACUCACUGAUUUCACACACAUUGACAGAAACAGGCACACACAUACACACAUCUACUCACAAAUUAUUGUUUUAUUUUAAUUUACAUCCACCCAGCUUCCCUUCAUUUGGGAGAGCUGGAGUGGAUUCUUUCUGUGGGGUCCAUUGGAGCUCCUAUGAUCCUGUAAUCUUAAAGCUCUGCUCCCUCGCGUGUCAUUCACUGAUGCCUGAGUGACCUCACAUGGCGGCAUCAGAAAGUACAAGGGAUUAGAGCAAGAAGAUUAUAACUCCAUCGACCCCCGCCUCAAUUGCUCACAGCUGCCUGGAUUGGGGGGCUAUUUGGUGGUCUACCGACCACUGGCUAGCUCUUGGACCCCCAUGACAGGAGAAACACAGAGGGCCCCGUCACACUCGCGACCCCUGUAGUUCUGCCACGCUACGUUAAGACACGUGCAUCGGCACAAAGAGUGUUGAACGGACUGACAAACAUUCAGGCGUCAGGACAAAAUUCCUAGUCGACCUGGCGCCUGGGAUUUGUCAAACCCUGUGUGAACAUUACAUUAAUUUCUCCCCGUAGAGAAGCAUUGGAUUGUAGCGAUUGCCGCCCAUGCACUAUAUUGUCUGUGUUUGAUUGUUGAUCUCACAGCAGACAGAUCUGGCCAGCGAUAGGAGACUGUUGGCACUGGUUCACAGGUAAAAUAAUUGCAUUUUUUUUUUCUUUUUUAAAAGGGAAAUCACAACCUCAGGGUUCUAAUGAACACAUCAGACUUAAAAUAUUUUUUAAGUUAGAGUGAACCUUUAAUAAUUAUUCUUUACACACAUUAUAGUGUGCUGAGAUACAUAGCUUAUUUACUAAGCUCCAACCUGCAAAGAUCAAUGCCCACAAGGAUGAUCCUGCAACACAUGAAAGUAAAUGUUUGAAAUAUCACAACUGGAUUUACACAUUAGACACAACCAUUACUAAUAUAAAAAGUCUUGUUUUGGGGGUGUGGGGGGAGGAUUUACAAUAAUUACAUUUUUAAGUACAACCAAAAGGCCCCAGACAUACCCGAAUUUCCAAAAGAACUAAAUUCAUUCAAAAACAAACUGAACAUAUUCCACAACAUAUAACAUAAUAAGUGAGAGCUUUAAAUCUACAAGUUUGAAAUUAGCCCAAAGAAGUAAAGUUACAUUUGACUAUUAUGAGAUCAGAUGACCACAGUAGGAUUUAGCACACAUUGACAACAUAACAAGCGUGCAAUUUUUCAAUUUCACCAAAAGGAGCAAAGUGUACUAGUGGCAAGUCACAUUCCUCAGAGCUCCAUGUGAUCCAAAUCUUUAACAUCAGAUUUAAAGUAUAUUUAUUUAAUUAGACCGUGGUUUACCAAGAAGAAUACGCAACAUAAAUAAUAUUUAAACAGUAAAAAAAAUCUAAGAAUUUAGGAAGGCAUAAGUAUGAAAUGGGAAUAUGCAGAUUUACUCCUACUCUGCCUUUUUAUAAACUGUAUUGUGAACUUACACUCCUUAGAAGCAUAAUUUGCAAUAUGACUUGUGUAUAAGGAGCAGUUCUGGGGAAAUAUUCUCAAAGUGAAUCAACCAUAAAUUGCAUUCCAUUGGUUCCAUGGUGAUUGUUGCAAUGUUAAGCCUAUUCCAGAAUGGUUUAUCCAUAAACAUAAAGUUUAACGGGUUUUCAUGAAUUGCGCUUUGAAUUAUCCAUAUGGUAAUGAUAAAAAUACCAAAACUAAACAAGAGAUUACCCAUUAUUAGAGCUGUUUAGAGUGCUUGUUUGGUUUAGAUAUUUACAUGCAGUCACAGUGAUGGAAAUGACCAGCAAUGAAUCAUUCCAGAUAAUGAUGUACUUAGUCUCAAACAUAGCUCCAUUGUGAUUGAUCACAGGUGUUCUUCCAUCUUUUAACCCUUUCACUACCAUGUGAUUUGGAAAAAAUCACAAUCAGUUGACUCCGUGAAACAAUGCUGGGCGACCUCAGGCUUUGAUGUCCAGCUCCCUCAAAUCCCUAUAGGAAAGCACUGAAUCAAUGCUUUCCUUUCAGGAAGGCAUAAUGCAAGUGUUGCACUUGCUGUGCAUGCGCAUUUGGUUUCCCCUCGGCGUCCAGCACAGGAGGAGGAGACCUAAUCAAUCACGAAGGACUUUGGUGCUGUAAUAAUUUAAGUGUGUAAAGGUUUUUUUUUUUUAACCCUUUAUUUGUCGGAGGGCGGGGAGAGAGUGAAGGGGCAGAGGAACACUUUGUGUUCCUAACACUAAAGUUUUCCUUUAACAUUUGCCUACAUUUCCUACACAGCAAUGGGAUAUACAAGAGCACUCUGCACACAGAGAAAAUGUGUACCGCACAAUGGGAGAUCAUAUUCACAAGCAGCUCUACCAGAGUGCUAUACGCAGCGGGAUUAGGUCUCUGUCACAGGGCUCUUUAUUCACUAAACACUGAAAACCAAUUGCAACAUUUAGGCAAAGAGAAUUUAUAGAGAAAACAUUUCCAACGCAACCAUAGGGAUAAUCUGGUAAUUGUAGCCUACAUUUUGCAAUUCAGUUUUCAAUUCACUGCAAAUUUGUGUCUAGUAAAUAAAAUUCAGACAACUGUUCUCUUUGCUUGGCUGCUGCUGGAGAGCUAGAUUGCCUGAUUUCAUCACAGAUGUCCCUCAGCGCUGGGUCGUGCUCCUCCAAUGGGGGGAGACUAACGUGCAAGCUCGGUGAGCAUUGACUCAAUGCUUUCCUAUGGGAUUUUUCAACAUACUGGACAUCCUCAUGCAAAGUGUGAGAACGUCCAGCAUCGUUUCAAGGAGAUAAACUCUGUGAAACUGCAGGACGGACUUCAAGUGCAGUCUUAAUCCUGCAAUGUAAAUAUUGCAGUUUCUCCAAAACUGCAGUGUUUUACAUUAAAGGGUUAAGAGGGCAGUGACACUACACAUAGACCCCUUCAAUGAGAUGAAGAGGUCUCUGUGCCUAUAAUGUUCCUUUAAGAAACCAGGCUCACCAUGCAAUUAUUAAUAGACUACCUAGGUAGUGGGUGUACAUUUUUGUAAUAUUAAUGUAUGCUUGUAAGUAAUCAAAAGCUCUAACACUAAUUGAGAAAUAUGUGAGGAAUUGGGGUAUAUUGCUUUAUAAAUAAUAUAUUAACAAGCACAACCACCGCUGUGUAUUAAUGUGCAGGCUGAAGAAAGUGUGAAACCCCUUCCCGACCGCAGACGGACAUUUUCCGUAAACCUUGUUCUUCAGUUAAGGACCUUUUGAUGGAACAUUUCUGUCAUUUACUAAAGUUAACCCCAGAUCGCCGCGAUCGCGGGGUUAACGGUGCUCCAGUCUGCCUCUGUAUUAGAGGCAGAUCGGGAGCACCGGUGCUCGCUCUGACAGGCUGUCAGAGCAAGCACAUGUGCUGUAUAUACUUACCUUCCGCCUCCCUGCACUUCCGGGUUCUGUGUGAAGUGCAGGAAGACUGAUCAGUGCUGCUGAUCUUCUCCCUGUCUAAAAAAUAAAUAAAAUAAAGUUAAAUCCCACCCCCCCUUUCCCCUGCUUUAAUAAAAUGAACCCCUUCCCUGCCAAUUGAUCACUGACUACAGUGAUCAAUUGGCAGGGUAUACAUUUUAACCCCUUAAGGACUGGACUGUUUUUGCGAUGUUGUACAUUUGCGACCAGGAAUAUUUUUACACUUUUCUGGUGUUUGUGUUUAGCUGUAAUUUUCCGCUCUCUCAUUUACUGUUCCCAUACAAAUUAUAUAUUGUUUUUUUCAGGACAAAAGGGGCUUUCUUUACAUACCAUUAUUUAUAUAAUCUCAUGUAUUUUAAUUUUAAAAAAAUAAAAAAAAUGAUGAAAAAUUGAAAAAAAUACAUGUUUUUUGACUUUUACUUGAAAAAUCUUUUACUCAUCUACAAAAGCGAAUGAAAAAAACAGCUAAAUAGAUUCAAAAUUUUGUCCUGAGUUUAAAAAUACCCAGUGUUUACGUGCUUUUUUUUUUUUUGCAAGUUAUAGGGCUAUAGGUACAAGUAGGAUAUGGCGGUUUCAAAACAAACAUUUUUAAAAUGUAUCAAUAGUGACAUUGUAACACUAUUAUCUGUCAUAAAUCUCUUGAAAACACUCCACAUGUAUAUAUUUUUUUUAAAGUAGACAACCCAGGGUAUUCAUCUAAGGAUAUUUUGACACCUUCUAUGCAGCCAUUUUACCACAAGUCUUUGCCAAACUUUACAUAGAUAGUUGUUUUGGUUUUUUUUUUCACAUACAUUGCAAUUCAGGUAUAAACUUACAGAUCCUGUUAUGUCUUGCUGCCAAAAAACACACUAAUAUAUGUUCAGCAAUAUCUCCCGAGUACAGUGAUACCACUCAUGCAUAGGCUUGUCGGAUUGUUUGGGGGCUAAAAGGCCACAUUUGGCAGGUGCGCAUAUCCAUUUUUCAACUUGGAAUUUUGACAUGUAGUCAACCUGCGCACAUGUCCUAUUUGGGACAUUUGUAAGGCCGGCCAAUGUAUUUUACCCCCACCAAACCAUAUAUUUUUGGAAAGUAGACACCCUAGGGUAUUUCAAAUGGUGGUUUUUUAACACUUUCCAUGCACUAAUUCUACCACCAGACUUUGUCAAACAUUUAGGUAGUCAUUUUUUGUGUGUUUUAUUUCACACACAUUGUACUUUAGGCAUGAAUUAACAAAUCGUGUUAUGUGUCAUUGCCAAACAACAUGCCAAUAUGUGUUCAGCAACAUCUCCUGAGUACAGUGAUACCACCCAUGCAUAGGCUUGUCGGAUUGUUUGGGGGCUAAAAGGCCACAUUUGGCAGGUGCGCAUAUCCAUUUUUCAACUUGGAAUUUUGACAUGUAGUCAACCUGCGCACAUGUCCUAUUUGGGACAUUUGUAAGGCCGGCCAAUGUAUUUUACCCCCACCAAACCAUAUAUUUUUGGAAAGUAGACACCCUAGGGUAUUUCAAAUGGUGGUUUUUUAACACUUUCCAUGCACUAAUUCUACCACCAGACUUUGUCAAACAUUUAGGUAGUCAUUUUUUGUGUGUUUUUUUUCACACACAUUGUACUUUAGGCAUGAAUUAACAAAUAGUGUUAUGUGUCACUGCCAAACAACACGCCAAUAUGUGUUCAGCAACAUCUCCUGAGUACAGUGAUACCACCCAUGCAUAGGCUUGUCAGAUUGUUUGGGGGCUAAAAGGCCACAUUUGGCAGGUGCGCAUAUCCAUUUUUCAACUUGGAAUUUUGACAUGUAGUCACCCAGCACCCCUGUCCUAUUUGGGCCAAUGUAUUUUACCCCCAUCAAACCAUAUAUUUUUGAAAAGUAGACAACUCAGGGUAUUUUAAAUGGUGGUAGUUUAAUACUUUUCAUGCAAUAAUUCUACCACCAGCCUUUGGCAAACAUUUGGGUAGUAAUUUUCUUCAUGUUUUUUACACAUACAUUGUACUUUAGGCAUGAAUUAACAGAUCCUGUUAUGUAUCACUGCCAAACAACACCCCAAUAUGUGUUCAGCAACAUCUCCUGAGUACAGUGACAUCACCCAUGCAUAGGUUUGCUGGGUUGUUUGGGGGCUAAAAGGCCAUAUUCAAGACUUGUACAUAUCAGUUUUUCAACUUGAUAUAUAGGUAUGCUUGGCCUAUCUUCAGUUUGGCAUAUUUUUGCAUCCCCCCGUUAAUGUUAACAUCAUGAAAGUUUAUAUUUUUAUAAAGUAGACAUUCCAGAGUAUUGUAUAUGAGGUGUUUUCACAUCCUUCCCCCAACCAUUGUGCUAAACAAAUUUCAGAGAACGUGCAUGGUGGUAAUUUUUUAAUUCUGCUUUUUAUGCACACGUCAUCUGGUUUUGGCCAGCCAGUUAUAUGUUACUACCAUAAAACUUUUUUAACCAAAUGUGCAGGUAUCAAAUGCACCUUUAGCAGCAUUCUCUAAACUAACUCCUGCAAAAAAGAAUCUAAUUGGAGAUUUGGGGGGAAGGAAACUGACUAACUAAAAUUUGCUGCUUUCAAAAGAAAAAAAAACAGUGCAAAGGGGUGUCUGUCCUUUUCCUUUUUUAUAACAGACCCAGCAACAUUUCAGGGGAUUUUUUUUUUUUUUUGCAGUUGGCGGUAUCUUAAAAAUAAAAUGUCUGGACUCCUUUGGCACCGUUGUUGGAACUUGACCAUCUCCAUAAAUUAUUGUGGAAAUCAGCUUGAACUAAAAUUGGAGAAAUGUGGUUCUUUCUGGAUUCAUUUUUUUUUUUUUUAAAGAGUAAAAAUUUAUUAUGUGUUGCUACUUGCAUCAGGUAGAUAGCCACCUUUUUAUACCAGGCUUUUGUCUUUCUUAAGAUAAGAUAUGGCUGCAUCAGCUGAUCAGCCAAAUCAACACCCCCAUGUGCAUUUUAUAAGCCCUGAUGCAAACAGGUUUGGUCUGUACUCUGCCUCGGACAGUGACGUCUGACAUGCUUUCGUCAUGGAUGGUGGUUAGUAUAUUAACAUCCUUCCUGUCCUUAAAUUUUAUUGCAAGCACUUUAGCUUUGUGCAGACCUUUACAUUCACUUUUUUUAUUUGGCCUCUAUAAAAGGUCUGGGGAAAUCCUUGGCAUAUCUUCUCACACUGCCACAGGCCAGUAUCUAGAAACCCUUACGAGUUUGAAACAAACGGACAAUGCUAUAAAAAUUGUCCACAUAAAGGUGGUAACCCUUAUUGAACAAUGGGAUCAGUAAGUCAAAAACAAGUUUCCCGCUUGUCCCCAAAGAGUCAGUACAGCCAGGAGGGUCCAGUAUAUACGAAAGACAAAUGUAUAGCCACUUUCGCUCUUGCAUAGUUUGUAGAAUUUUACGCCAUACCUAAAGCGCUUUGAGAGGAUGUAUUGUUUGAAUCCUAAUCUCCCUUUAUAUUUCAUUAACGAUUCAUCAAUAGAUACAUUUUUUUGAGGAGUAUAAACUUCAGUAAAUUUGUGCUGAAGAUGGUCUACCAGUGGGUGUAUUUUAUGAAGCCUAUCAUAUUGGGUGUGAUCUCUGGGGUGACAGAGGGUAUUGUCAUUGAAAUGUAAGUAUCUCAGCAGCAGCUCAAAUCUUGUUCUAGACAUGGUUUGAGAGUACACUCGACUAGAACAGAUUGGGUUGGUGCUCCAGUAAGAGCAAAUUGAUGGCUUCUUUAUAAUCCCCAUGAGAAUUGUAAGAGCCCAGAAUUUUUUAAGUUCAGCGACAUCUGUGGGAUGCCAAGCACACUCCUCCCUGACUGCAUAGCUAUCUGGAUUGGUAUCAAUAAAUUGGGUAGCAUAUAAAUUAGUCUGGGGAGCAAUCUCCUCCCACAUGGUAUCCCCUAAAAAUAGCUCCAUAUAUUGCAUAGGGGAGAAGUCAUCCACAUUGACAUUGUUGUAGUUGAUUUACUGCAAACCAAUUAGUUUGAAUGACUAUCUGUUCCUGUCCAAAUUAAAGAUAAUAAAGUUGUGUGCACGCAGAAGUAAAUUCACACUGAGACACAGAGUUCAGGUUAAUGAAAGAACUUCGGAGAAGUUUAAUGGCUUCUGAAUAAAAAGCAGGCUCGCAGGCCCUUUUAAAGGCAUUAUUACAUCAUUGAAGAAAAUCAAGAUAUAGACAUUGUUAAUUGGCUUAGGUGCUAAGUAGUUAGAAAAAUGCCCUCCCUAUGGGGUGUACCAUCCUAGGUCACUAUCUUCGUCAUGAUUAUCUCCUCCAGGUUUUAGCGCCAUUUUGCUAACAUGAGGAGCUCACUCGACGGGAGGGGCCUUUUGGCAGCUAUCCAUUUAGAGUGUAGCUGGCACUGUUAGUUUCUCAAGGUUAGGUUUCAAGGCUUUUAGUAAAUACACAUUUUAUCAAAGCUAUUUCUUGCUGACAUGCAAAUUCUAUGUUCUAUAGACAAAGCUUUCUUGUAAAACUAUGGAUCCUCUUAGAGGUAUAGCAAGAGGAUUUAAAGGGGCCUUACAGAUUUAUAGAGGCCUAAUAAUUCUACAACAGUCCCCCCUUAAAAUGUUAUUUGCUAAAAGACAAAACUUUAUUUGUUAGUAUCAGAAGAUGUGUUAGCCCAAAGACACAGAAACCCCAUGACCGCUGACUUAGUGUUAAUGCAAAGUGCAAGUCUAUCCCUCUCUUGACCCUAACAGGCUGCAGCACAUCCGUCAGUACGGUUCAGGAACACUCUUCACUCCGCUGGUAACCCAUAGUGGCUUAUCCACUACUUCUCCAUACGGCAGUCUACCCAUAAAGACGGACGCUGUCCCUGUACUGUCCCUUCCUAGACUUUCUGCACUUCAUCAGUAUAAGGGAGAGUUUGUAGCGGAAUACAGGGUGAGGUGAGAUCUUGAUCAUCGAUUGUCAGAUGAGUGAAGGUUGGUGUUGCUUGGUCUACAGUUUUCUGCAGGAAUUUCCUUAGGCAUGGGAGGACACAACAAAUGAGAAGAGCGAGAAUAAAAAGAAAAAUUAGUAAGGCAAUACCAAUCUGGACUAAAGCUCUCUGCCAACCAGUCAUCCAACCAAACCAUUUUUCCCAGGGAUCAGUAACUCCAGAGUUUCUCUUUAACUCUUCUGAGAGUCUAUUUAAUUUAGCUAUGGCCAGAGUGACUUUACCAUUAGGACCUGUGUUUUCUGGAAUGUAAGUGCAACAAGUCAUAGUGUCGGGAAGUAUUUUACAGACCCCCCCUUUUUCGGCUAAGAUCAUGUCUAAGGCCAGUCUGUUCUGGAAGGUCAUUUGGGAUGUGGCCUGUAAUUGCUCGGCCAAGCCCUGGAGGGCAUCCCUGGUGUAGUUCAUGAAGCGCUGUUGGUUGUAAUAGAUAUAAUUAAUCCAAUUAAGGUUUUUGUUGGCAGUGACUAUAGUGAACAGUGAUUCAAAACCUACAGCUACUUCAUCUCUAGCUUUAAAUUCAUUAGGCACCCCCCUAGGUACCCUAAUGGCAUCUAUGUAAAUGUGGGGGUCAAAACUGCCUUUUACUGGGGUUUCGCGCCUCACUCUGGCUGGUGUAUGUGGAGGGUCGUAUGUGUCAUGAUGAUUAUCAGAAAUAAUAUGAAUGGGCAUGAUAACUUUGGCUAGAGUACACUCACCCCACCACUCAGUUUCCAGCCUAGAUCUUAACUGUAGAUCCCCACAUAACCAGUAAAUAUCCCCCAAUGACCUGGUAUGGUGUUGCAACAGGCGUAUAGGAACAGUUCUGUAAGUGGCGCAAUAACCUUUAGAAAAAUUACCCAUGAAUUUACCAAUCCCGUCAUACAUGGCAUAACAAGUGUAAUUACCUCUAUAGACUGUGAUUCCAUCUGGUGGCUUAACAUUUUCAACUAAGAGAGGGUAUUCUGCCGUCCAUGCCAUGCAGAGGGAUCUGUUGAAAUUAUAGCGGUAGGCAAAAAGACUAAGGAAGCAAGUCUCUAUCUCCAAAGGGAGAGUUAGAGGAACGGUGCCAAGAUGAGGUCGAGCACCACUGCACACAUAGCAUGCGGUUUUGUUAUGUUUAUUAGCAUUAUAUUUCAUCCACUCUAACCACAAAUUAAUGUCAUUGAAUCCAGUUUCAGCGGCCAUGGUAUCUUCAAAAGUGGGGUUAGCGAUGGCCAUCAUAUCUUUAAAGGACUGGAUAUGUGGUUUUAGCGGAUUUGGGACCAUAUGAUCAGCCCCUUGCUACUCUGGAGAGUGGUACAUAUCUCUGAGGUAGAAAUGACCUAAUUUGUUGUAGGAACCUUUCUUCCAAUACAUUCCCAUUACAUAUCGGUCUGCAUCCUCGGGGCCAGGAUGUUCAAUGUUUAACAUUAAUUUCAUAGGGGUACUUCCUCCAGGCUUUCUUAAAGUCAUUCUUUGAAGGAGGGAUCUACCCUGAUUGUCUAUCUUAGAUAAAGCACUUUUGGGUUUAUAACCCCAGGCAGGCCCAGUAUUCCAUCCCGCAGCCCCCCAGUAGUUACAGUCAUAACCCCAUUGUUCAUCUACUACACAAACGUAAGGGUCUUUUGCUUGUGGUAUAUCUUUAUAAAUGGCUUGAAUCUGUGACUUAGGGAAUGGGCAUUCUACAAUAUCACAGUAAUCAAAGGUGAAUGUAGCCACGUGGGUACAUGAUGAAUUAUACCAGAAAGUGUACCCACUAGCAUCUUUGGUAAUGGCCACUUGUUGGGCCUCAAGGAAACUAAUCAAAGGCAUGAUGUACCAGAGGUACAUGGUUGUGAGGAGUCUGCUUCCUCUGGGACAGGAACCUUUUUGCAAUGGGAGGCGUGUAUCCAGUUGCUUUUCCCAGCCAACUUGAAUGAGGUGGAGGUGAUCAGUAGAACUUGGAAUGGUCCGUCAAAUCUUGGUUCCAGGGUGUGUUUCCGCACAAAUUUCUUGACUAGGACCCAAUCACCAGGGAGCAGACUGUGGUUGACCGUAUCAGAAUCAGGAUCUGGAAUUGAAGAGAAAACUUGGGCAUGGAUUUUGUUUAAAGCAUUUGCAAGUUCAGUUACAUAGUUUACUAAAACAUCAGUAUGAAGUUGUAAUUGCUGGGGAAAAUAGCAACCUAGCCUAGGUGCAGUCCCAAAUAGAAUCUCAUAUGGGGACAGUGAGGUAGUAUUUUUGUACAAGAGCAUUCAUUAGAUCCUUUGAUAAAUGUGCAGGUCCGUGUGCCCAUUGUACGACUGCUGGGUACAAAUUCUUAGGGAGGCAGAACUUGAGGUUGUUGGAGUACACUCCAUCCUUCAGAACUGCCCCUUUCUGUUUCCAUCUUUGUAUUUCUUCAGGAGCAACUGUAGCCUGUUGUUCCCGCAGGAUUUUCAGGUCAGUUGGAAGAGUCUGCAGAGUAAAUAUGGGAGUUUCUUCAUUUCCGGACACUCUUCUUUCCACUUCCUGUGGUUCUCUUGCAGCUUGUUUUGCAGCCUGAUCAGCUAGAUGGUUGCCCUUUGCUUCAUCUGAGUCCAACUUCCCAUGUGUUUUUAUCUUCAAAAUAGCCACUUCUUCUGGGAGUAGGAGGGCGUCCAUCAGCUCCUUGAUUGCGGAACCGUGCUUGAUUGGUGUACCGGCGGUGGUAAGAAAUCCUCUUGUUUUCCAAAUUAAUCCGAAGUCGUGAGCCACGCCCAGUGCAUAUCUUGAAUCCGUGUAGAUAUUGGCGCGCUUUCCUUCAGAGAUCUUGCAUGCUGAAGUCAGGGCUUGCAAUUCAGCUUCUUGUGCAGACAUAGUUGAUGGUAAAGAUGAUGAUUUGACAAUUUCAUCUGUUGUGGUUACGGCAUAUCCUGUAUGGUAUCUUCCUUCUUCAUCAGCAUAUCUUGAGCCGUCCACAAACAGGGUGAGAUCGGGAUCUACCAAUGGGUCUUCAUGCACAGUUGGUAGAUGUGUUGUUUCCAUUUUCAUCUGUUCAAAACAGUCAUGAGGUGUAUUUGGGUCGUAGUCAUUCACUAUGGUUAAAUCUUGGAACUCAUUUUCCAGGAAAUGACGUGGCCAUGCCUUUAGGUGGUCAGUUGUUGGAUAUUUGACAACACCAUUUUCCUGUAGCUGUGAUUCGUCCAUAGUGGCCCAUGCUUUUGCCAUAGGCCCAAGAUCAUUCCAUGAUAUUGUUUUCAACUUGGUCACAGGGACAUGUGGAAUGGCAGUGUCCCAAUGACGGUACAAAUACUUGAGUUCCGGAGGUAGAUGAAUCAGGACCGUACUGUUGCCUUCAGAAUCACAGUAGAAGUCUUGUGCAGUGAGUUUUACUUCGACCAGAUGAUAGAGUUCAUCUUCAUAGCAGGGUUCAGGAGUGAUGUUUGGUUUGUACCACAUGGUACAGAAGGCAUAUCCUGCUCCAUCAUGAAGGAGUGCUUGUCCAUCAUGAAAGGAUAGGUUGGGAUGCAUUUCCUUCUUGAUGGUGCCAGUGAGAAGAAAAACAUAAGUUUCGUCCAUGAUGAAUCCGUAGUAUACACCCCCCUCAGGGAGUGGCAGAAGAGUGGACGGAUUGAGAACUUGACAUCUUUGAAGGGUAAUGUUGUCAGGCAACAAAAGAUGACAUUGAAGGCGAAGAUGCCUAGCAGGAGUAACAUGCUUAAGUUGGACCUGGUUGACUAUGGCAGAAAUGUCAUGAGGGGCCAAGGACAAGAUCUCCAGUUCUUUCAAUGAGCUCUUUGGCAGCAAAGACGGCCCGAAGGCAAGUGGGACGUCCUCUGGCCACAAUAUCCAGUUGGCAGGAGAAAAAUCCAAUAGGCUUUUGGCGGCCUCCAGGACCAUGGGCCUGAGUGAGUACUCCUGUUGCAUGGCCUGGUCUUUCAGAAACAAACAAUUUGAAGGGUUUGGUAUAGUCUGGUAGGCCAAGAGCAGGAGCAGAAGCAAUAGCACGUUUAAGAGUACAGAAGUUGUCAAGGGCUUCUGUGGACAAGCAAAAUGGGUCUGACUUGAGAGCAUCAUAGAGAGGUUGCAUAAGGAGUGAGGCUUCUGGGAUCCAUGCUCGGCAAUAGGAAAUGAGGCCUAGGAAGGCGUGUAGUGACUUUGAGGUCCUUGGAGGUGGAAUGUCCAGUACUGCUCUAACUCGGUCACGAGUGAGAUGUCUGGUUCCCUGAGACAGACAAUGGCCAAGGAAGAUAACAGUAGGUUGGCAGAAUUGUAGCUUGAGACGUGAAGCUUUACAUCCUUGUUCUGCUAGAUAGUAAAGAAGAUUAAUUGAGCAUUGUUCUGUUGUGGGUAGAUCAUCUCCACAGUAAAAUGGGAAGGGAACAAAGAACUGUAGUGUCUUUUCGUGACAAAGGUGUAUUUAAUUGAACCUGGCCGUCUGCAGUGAGGGUGAUGGAUGCUUGGAGGCGGGAUAGGACAUCAGCACCAACACAAGAGACAUCGGUGUCAGGCAGGAACGAUGAGUCAGGCAGGUCUUGUUCUCUAAGAACACUGCGGGCUGCACCUGUGUUAACCAGGAAAGUAGUAGGGUGACCUUCAAUAGGUAAAGUUACAGUGGCUAGUGGCCCCCCUUGUUCCCUGUAGACACUGCCAUGGCAGGGGCAUUAAGCAUCAGCGGGUUUGCUCUCCUCUCUAUGGGCUGUGUUACUGACUCAAACCCCUUUCUAUGUCAUUAGCCAUAGCUUUUUGCAGUCUGAACAUGUCUAUCAUUAUAAAUAAUGGUUAAUAGUAAGUGAAGUAAAGUUCCUAUAUGUCUUUGGAUAAAACAUUAACUAUUGCGGUACUAUCAUUUAUAUUAAUUAGACUAUAACAAUUAUACCACCCUGCAACUAAAAUUAAUAACCAGAAGUGGCUGGGUUAAUAAAACAUGUCACUAAUCCUUCUAAUGCUAGACCAUCAUUUAACGUAAAGGAUGUUACUGUAAACAUACGAUCUGUAACUAGCAAGAUUCGAUUAAGCAAAGAUACAAUGUUUAAAAUAACUUGCAUUAUUUGGCUAUUUCCCUUGUUGCAAGAUUAAUCUGGAUAAUCAGCUGUUAUGCUCUUAUAUUCGUGUCCAACAGAUCUCAUUUGUAGGUCACACCACAGUUGCAAAUGACAUUUUAGCAACCUUCUUUUUUUCUUUUUUAUAUCACGGACACAUUUCUGAUACAGGGAAACAAAUGGCAUGAUUGUUUUAGUAAUUAUAAUGUUUCUGUUCAUAAUAUGUAGAGUGUAAGGAAAACAACAUGUCUCUAAAUAGGACGAGCAUAAUAGGGGUAGGCCUCAUGAUGGAGGCAGCCAUGACAGGGGCGGGGAAGGAAAUGACAGCAAGGGAGGAAGUGAGAGGGGUGACGUCCAUGAUAUGUGUGGGAAGGGAAGACAGGAGGUGUGGGCAUGGUAAGGGCGGAAGUGACGUCACUUUGGAAGCAACCGUGACUGUAGAUAGGUCACGGGACUGGCAGGGUCAACCUCCUUCUGUACUAGGCGCCAUCUUUAGGGUGGUGGCUGAUGCACUUUCAACAAUACACUAUAUUAUAACUAUUAAAAUAAGUCAGAGAAGCAACAUUCCGUUCUGCAAAAUGAAAUACUAAACUACGAACAGACCUGGCAGGUUAAAUAAGACAGUUGAAAACAUUAUGCAUUUAACAGCCCAUACAGCUGUCUCUAGAAACAUGUUCUUUAAAAUGAUGCAAGAUAAACUCACGGAAUUCAACCAAUUUCCCUUAUCAUCCUUCACAUACUAGCUUAACAACUUUGCAUAUUCCCUCUAUCCACAUUGCAUAGUUUUGCAACAAAUCACGCUUGCCUUUACACUUAACACGUCCAAAUAUUCCUCUAUUCUUGUAUCAGAUUCACUUACUUAACCUCCGUAAAUCAACACUGAGCUACAUCCCUGACUCCCUGUCUUAUACACCAGUCUUGGAGAGAAUACUCAGAAAGGUGGAAUGCAUUCUUGUGAGCGAGCCCCCCCCCACAAUCUUCACUGCCUUAUCACAAAACACAAUUUAUAUAUAGAUAUAAACGGCAAACGGCAACAAUAAUAAUAUUAUUACACAAUUAUAACACCACAACCUUUGAAUUAGAAUAUUUUCCAGCAAAAAUCCCGUCUCUAACUCUUAUCAGCAGCUCCGAAAUGCAGAAGGCAUGUCACUCCUCCAUUCGGAGGCAAGCGGGGAGGAAAGGGGGGGGGGGAUGUGAGACAGUGCAAAAAGGGGAGAGAGAGAGAGACUGCAGGCAUGAAGGUUAACUAUGUGAGUGCUGGAAAGUAACAAGACAGAAGGACAGAGACUUAUACGUUUGGAGACCAGAAAUCUUUGACGGGAGAAACGGAUUGGAGGUGCAGGGAGCUGCAGAGAGAGGAUGAGGGUGACGAGAUCUGUAGGACUGAUGGGGGGGGGGAGAAUAUGGAUCCAUCAGCAUUCAGGACUGGGCAAACAGGGGCAGUGGUAGGGUGGGGACCAGGGGUGGGGACCAUGGUCAGCUACAUUUCGGUCAUUGCUGACGCGAUGUUGGGAGUGGUCACCUCCUGGGCGCCAUCAUAGGGCGCUGGCUGGGAGGACUUCCCAGUAACACAAUUAUUAUAAUACACAAACAAUCUUAAACCUUUGUGAUCAAUAUCUUCCUCAACCUAUCCCUUUUGCUGAAUAGCUCUUGCUACUCGGUACCAGGCUUCUGCUGUACAAACCAAAUCUUGGUCCGACAGCUUCCCUUUCUUCUCUGUCAGUAACUUACGCCAGCUCUCUGGCUACAAUCUGCCGCACGGAGGUACGGUAAUUCCACAUACUUUAGCAAUCUUCCUCACUUUCUUAACCAUCUCUUCUCCUUCUCUGUCUUCCACUAGAUCACAUGCUAACCAACCCUUACUGGGUUUAUCUAACUUCUGUCCCAUCCUCCCUAUACAAGGCGUCCCAGAUAUAGAGAGAGAAAGGAACAGAACGUCUACCGUGCUCGACUGCUACUUUAAGAGCAAGCUCUUUAAGUACGUCUUCCCAAAACGUAGACUAGUCACUGAUUCCGCCUACCCGUGGUAGCCGCGGAUUGGAGCGUGGCGAGAAGUGUGUGACCAAUCACUUCUCUCAACAGAGAAAGAGAAAUAGGAGGGGAAAGUGUAAAUAGUACAGUGAGUAAGAUAGAAGUAAACCCAGGAAUCUGUGUGACAGACAAUUAAGACAACAUUUCAAAUAAAAUACAGUGCAUGCAUCACAGUUCAAAUAAGUUCAACAGUUUUAUCCCUUGCCUUUACUCGUGUGGCCAAAAGCCACCUCCCUCAACCUCGUAGUGUCCCUGUUGCGGACCCACCCGCAAGUCUCACUACCAGCAGCCACAGGAAACAGCAACAGCUUCCAACCCGAAUCCUGUAUAGCCUAAAGAAUUGGAAUCUUACCUGCCUCAGCGCUCGAGGCUGGAAUUUUACCAAGAAGAAGUGUCCGAUGAGGCUAGCUAAGCAGUCAAAGCGACACUAUGGGGAACCCCCAGGAAGCAGUGAGUCUACACCACCCUCCACAGAUUCCCCCUACUCUUUUUCCUUACAGCCACAGCUACGUGGCUCCUAAAAGAGUUAAACAGGCAAUAGAGGACCCCCAGGAAAACUUCCACAGGUCCACCCCCCUUUUUCCUUACUACCACAGCCACGUGGUACCUAAAAGGAGUUAAACAGGCACUUACACUCCCCGGGUACUAAGUUAAACACAAACCAAUACAAACACACCCAGGCAACAGAUAGUCAACAUGCAGGUAAACUAGGUAUCAUUAACAAUACAAAGACUCUGGGAAAGUUAUUACCUGACUUUGAUGUCCUCUCGGCAGCAGUCACAGACACUGGGAUAGGUCAAUCACAGGGGCAGGAACAUACCGGCUAGGUGCUGAAGCAAUCUCUACCGUGUAUUCAGAGGUGAUCAGGCUCUUUUCCUUCCCCCAGGAUUCAUCCCCCCCAGCAUCUUCUUGGACAGCUGCCCAGGCAGGACAUAGCCCAGAGCCCCACGUUAUGGCGCCAGCUGUUGUAGUUGAUUUACUGCAAACCAAUUAGUUUGAAUGACUAUCUGUUCCUGUCCAAAUUAAAGAUAAUAAAGUUGCGUGCACGCAGAAGUAAAUUCACACUGAGACACAGAGUUCAGGUUAAUGAAAGAACUUCGGAGAAGUUUAAUGGCUUCUGAAUAAAAAGCAGGCUCGCAGGCCCUUUUAAAGGCAUUAUUACAUCAUUGAAGAAAAUCAAGAUAUAGACAAAUAGACAUUGUUAAUUGGCUUAGGUGCUAAGUAGUUAGAAAAAUGACCUCCCUAUGGGGUGUACCAUCCUAGGUCACUAUCUUCGUCAUGAUUAUCUCCUCCAGGUUUUAGCGCCAUUUUGCUAACAUGAGGAGCUCACUCGACGGGAGGGGCCUUUUGGCAGCUAUCCAUUUAGAGUGUAGCUGGCACUGUUAGUUUCUCAAGGUUAGGUUUCAAGGCUUUUAGUAAAUACACAUUUUAUCAAAGCUAUUUCUUGCUGACAUGCAAAUUCUAUGUUCUAUAGACAAAACUUUCUUGUAAAACUAUGGAUCCUCUUAGAGGUAUAGCAAGAGGAUUUAAAGGGGCCUUACAGAUUUAUAGAGGCCUAAUAAUUCUACAACAACAUUAAUGCCUGUGUUGGCACUAAAAGGGGUGAUUUGGGGCUCAGCUAACUGUGGAGAAACCUGUUCCUCCUCCACAUUCGGCGUAGCAGAGAAAGCACAGCUUCUUUUUGCAGCCGGCUCACACACAGAUGACAUGUCAGAAAACUGACCUGGGUCAAAAUCGGACGCAGUGUCAGUGGCAUCAGAGUCUGGCUAACACAGUUACUAACACACAUUUUUUUUUUAUUUUAUACUAAAAACAGACUAAAACUGAUAAAAACAGACUAAAGGAGACUACAACUUCUGUUAGCAGCAAUCUGUAAACUAACUCCUGCAAAAAGAAUCUAACUGGAGAUUUGGGGGAAGGAUACUGACUAACAGAAAUUUGCUGCUUUCAAAAUAAACAAAAAAAAUAAAUCAGGAACAAGUAUUAUAAAAAUUUAUUUUCUGUGUGGUAGACCUUAAAACAUGCUCCAAUACACAGUCCAGGUUUUGUAGGGCAAUCGGGACAGUGAAAAGGGGUGUCUGUCCUUUUCCCUUUUUUAUAACAGACCCGGCAACGUUUCUGGGGGUUUCUUUUUUUUGGUGUUGGCGGUAUCUUAAAAAUAAAAUGUCUAGACGACUCUUGCACUGUCGUUGGAACUUGACCAUCUCCAUAAAUUAUUGUGGAAAUCAGCUUGAGCUGAAAUUGGAGAUAGGUGGUUCUUCCUGGAUUCAUUUUUUAAAAAAAGUAAAAAUGAAUUAUGUGUUGCUACUUGCAACAGGUAGAUAGCCACCUUUUUAUACCAGGCUUUUGUCUUUCUUAAGAUAAGAUAUGGCUGCAUCAGCUGAUCAGCCAAAUCAACACCCCCCAUGUGCCUGUUAUAAGCCCUGAUGCACACCGGUUUUGUCUGUACCCUGCCUCGGACAGUGACGUCUGACAUGCCCUCGUUAUGGAUGGUUGUUAGCAUGUGAACAUCCUUCCUGUCCUUAAAUUUUAGCGCAAGCAGUUCAGCCUUGCGCAGAGCUUUGCAUUCCCCUUUUUUUAAUUUGGCCUCUAUGAGAGGUCUGGGGAAAUCCUUGGCAUUUCUUCUUACAGUGCCGCAGGCCAGUGUCUGUAAACUAUAAAGAAUUUUAAACAAGUGGACACUGCUGUAAAAAUUGUCCACAUAAAGGUGGUAACCCUUAUUGAACAAAGGGAUCAGUAGGUCCCAAACAAGUUUCCCACUUGUCCCCAGAGAGUCAGGACAGCCAGCAGGGUUCAGUUGAGCAUCUUUCCCCUCGUAUACACGAAAGGCAAAUGUGUAGCCACUUUCGCUCUCUCAAAGUUUGUACACUUUAAUGCCAUACCUAAACCGCUUUGAGGGGAUAUAUUGUUUGAACCCUAAUCUCCCUUUGUAUUUCAUAAGGGAUUCAUCAAUGGAUAAAGUUUGUUGGGGAGUAUAAACUUCAGAAAAUCUGUUCUGAAGAUGGUCUACCAGUGGGUGUAUUUUAUGAAGCCUAUCAUAUUGGGGGUGAUCUCUGGGGUGACAGAGCGUAUUGUCGUUGAAAUGUAAGUAUCUCAGCAGCAGCUCAUAUCUUGGUCUAGGCAUUGUUUGGGAGAAUAUAGGAGUCGAACAAAUUGGGUUGGUGCUCCAGUAAGACCGGAUUGAUGGCUUCUUUAUUAUCCCCAUGAGCAUGGUAAGAGCCCAGAAUGUUUUAAGUUCAGGGACAUCUGUGGAAUGCCAAGCAUGCUCCCUGACUGUAUAGCUACCUGGAUUGGUCUCAAUAAAUUGGCUAGCGUAUAAAUUAGUCUGGGAAGCAAUCUCCUCCCAGAUGGUAUCCCCUAAAAAUAACUCCAUAUAUUGUAUAGGGGAGAAGUCAACCACAUUCACAUUAAUGCCUGCGUUGGCACUAAAAGGGGGGAUGUUGGGCUCAGCUAACUGUGGAGGUACCCAGUCCUCCUCCACAUUCAGCGUAGCAGGGGAAGCACAGCUUCUUUUAGCAGCUGGCUCACACACAGAUGACAUGUCACUAGACGUGCCGCUAAACUGACCUGGGUCAAAAUCGGACGCAGUGUCAGUGGCGUCAGAGUCUGACGCCAAGAAGGCAUAUGCCUCCUCCAAGCUGUACAUGCGCUGCAUGUUUCACACUAACAGACUAAACUAACAAAAUACUAAACACAAUAUUUUUUUUUUUUUUAACACUAAAACAGACUAAAACAGUAAUCCCUAAACUAACUCCUGUUAGAAGAAUCUAAUGGAGAUUUGGGGGAAGGAAACUGACUGACUACGACACUGACAGACUAUGACAGACGACAGACUACGACAGACUACGACAGACUAAAACAGACUACGACAGUCUAAGACACAGAUUUUUUAAAAUAAAGUUAACCCUUAAGGGCAAAAAAAAAAAUACAGACAGUACAAAUGCACUGUCUGUAACAGAUCUGGCAGGGAAGGGGUUAAAAUUGGAUUUUUAUUAACUGCAGAUACUUUUUAAUUUUCUCAGGAACAGCUGCUGCAACAAUAUAUCACGAUCUCUGUCUCUCUCCUCUCACAAAACGCUACAGAGAGGAGAGAGGCAGAGAUCAGUGUCAAAGUGAGUGUUUGUAACACCCACCUUGACACCAGCCAAUUGUGAGCGAUCGCGGAUCACUCACACGCCGUAAUUGGCUGUUACUAUCUGCCUGGGAUGCCGGGCAGAUAGUAACAACGGGAUUUCGGCGGAAGCGAUCUCUGAUCGCUCCAGCCGCCCGUUUUCUGUUAGGACGGUUCAGGACCAUCCUCGGUCGGCAACGCAAAAAUGCCGAGGACGGUCCUGAACCGUCAUGCGUCCUGAAGGGGUUAAUGUCAUCUGAUUUUGUAUUUAUUUUUUUAACCCUCAGGGGUUAAAUUUAUUUUAUUAAUUAAUUUAAAUAUUUAAAAAUUAUAUAUUUAGCUAGCUGGGAUGGGUGGAAGUUAGUGGGGAUUGAGGAAUUUGGUGUUAGGCUAACUAGGGGUUAACAUACAAAAAAAGUUUUAAAAUAAGCUUUAAAAGGUAAAAAAAAAGUUUUUCUAAAAAAAAGUUUUUCUAAAAAAAAGUUUUAGUAACGUUUAAGUAACCCCCCCCUUUACCCAGUCUAAAUAAAAAUUAACCCCUUCCUUACCAGUUGAUCACUGCCUACAGUGAUCAAAAUACAGAUCACAGUAUUAUACUGUAAUCUAAUUUCUUUUAACCCCUGAGGAUUAACUUUUAUUUAUUUUUUAACCCUCAGGGGUUCAGUUUAUUUAAUUAAUUUAAAUAUUUUAUAAUUAUAUAUAUUUUGCUAGCUUGAGUGGGUGGGAGUUAUGGGAAAGGGGGGAAUUUACUGUUAGUGCUGCUUACUGCUAGUUAGGGGUUAACAGUAAAAGAAAAGUUUUUAGAAAAAUAUUUAAGUGUGUAAAACAUUUAAUAAGUAAAAAAAAAGUUUAAAAACGGGUUUUACAAAGUAAAAAAAAAGUUUUGCAAAGGAAAAAAAUACAUAAAAAAAUGCUCAUUACCACUACACUUGGUACAAGCUAGCAGAAAAAUGAUCCCACGCUAAGGUUCAAAAUAUGCCUUUUGAAUUACCCUGGGAUGUCUUCUUUAAGAAAUGGUAUGGCUUUAUGGUGUAAUUGGAUUAUAUAGCCUUGUAAAAUACUCUAAAAUGGGACAUGGACACAGUGUAACAUGGACACAGAGCUCUCCUCCUCUGAUCCUCCUCCCCGUCGGCUGAAUGCGCACGUGCGGCAAGAGCUGCGCGCGCAUUCAGCCAGUCACAUAGGAAAGCAUUAUAAAUGCUUUCCUAUGGACGCUUGCGUGCUCUCACUGUGAUUUUCACAGUGAGAAUCACGCAAGCACCUCUAGCGGCUGUCAAUGAGUUUCUCUGAAACUGCUAUGUUUAUUAAAAAAAUGGGUUAACCCUAGCUGGACCUGGCACCCAGACCACUUCAUUAAGCUGAAGUGGUCUCGGUGCCUAGAGUGGUCCUUUAACUUGUCACAUCUCUUUUACAGCAGUGUAACUUCACAAAAUAGUGUCUAGGUCAUACAUUGGGCAUAUUGUUUUACUCAGAAGACUUAGCUGAGCAUAAUUUGGGGGUUUGAACUUAGUGGCACAUAUGAAAUGUACAAAAUGCCCAGCAAAAAAUGUAAUCCGUAUGUAAAAAAUGCCCCAAAUUAUUUUUUACCACAUACUUUGGCAUAUAUUGGUGAAAAAAAAAAAUAAAAAAAUAAAAAAUCGGGGCAUGUUAAGGCACAAUAUGCACCAUAUGAGAUACCCUGGAGUGUCUACUUUUACAAAUGGUAGGCCUUUGUGGGGUUUUUUUUUGAAAGGUUAAACUGCUAUAAUACCCCAAAUUGAAGCAUAGGCCCAUUAAAUCCACCUCUCAAAAUUCUACUGUAAAUGUUGAAACUGACAGGUCUCCUAUAUGGCACUGUAGCUUCACGAAAUAGUGCCAAAGACAUACAAUGUACUCAGCAGAAGUAACUGAACACAAAAUAAAACUUUGUACAGGAAUAGCACACACCAACUUUACAAAAUACACAUGAGAAGUUUUUUGUUAUAAGUUCGUGUGCCAAAAACCCCAAAAAACUAAAUUUUACUCCAAUAUUUAGCAGAGAUUGGCGGUGAAAUGGCUACGUAGAAAGUGUCAAAACAACCUUAGGACAAUAGCCUGUGAUGUCUACUUUAUAUAAAUAUAUACUUUUGUGUGGCAAUUUUGCUUUCUUUUAUGGCUUUUAAGCUUACAAGACAAACAUACCAAAUUCUAAAAUCGCUCCACAUUAAAAGUUUAUUUUCCUCCUUGUGCUUUGUGACCUGUAACUACCAAAAAAAAACUUAAAAUCCCAGACACAUUAUAUAUUCUGUAAAUCAGAACAAAUAAAAAUUUUUUUAAUUACUUUCUUUAAUCUGCACUAAUUAGGCACACAUUAUUAUUGCAAAAACCAUACAAAAAACUCAAAAUUUCAUUUUUUUGCAUUUUUCUGUAUUUUUUUAAUAAUAAAUAAGCAUUUAUAUACAUAUAUAUUAUAUCAAAUUAAAGCCCUUUCUGUCCUUUAAAAAACAGUAUAUAAUAUGUGUCGGUGCAAUAAACGAGAGAGAUGCAAAUUGCAGUUGAACGCAUACAGCAAUAAAAUGCAAAAAUUGCUUGUCAUUAAGCGUAAGACAAGCUUCUGAAGCUGUGUCCUUAAGAGGUUAAUUUACAACAAAAAAACAAAAUGAACACGUUUUUGGAGUGCUUUUGUCUUUUCAAUCCAGUAUGUAAAGCUUAGCAUGUGAAGACAAAACAAAAAUGUUUUGCGUAGAUUGCUAAUAUCCCUAACGCUUGUCAGCUUGAUUUUAGUCCCAGUUUGGAGGACUGAAACUUUGUUCACUUAUCACGGUUAUAUUGUCUUAAUACAGCAGCAUAUUGAUUUUUCAGAGGAAUUUCAAUUAGUGUUUUUUCUGUGGAUAUUGAUCUGGCACCGUGGUGUGAGAGUUGUGGGAGGUGAGGACAGGCUUUAGACAUUACUGUAUAAUAAAUAAAAGAACAAGAUGAAUGUGCACAAAUGUGAUAUCAAUUCCAGUGCAAUAAAAUGCUUUGUAAUUUCAAAAACAAUUAUACCAUACAGUAACUCUCCUCUACGUGAUGGGAUUACUCACAAAUUGUAGAUAUGAUAGGUUAGUUCCAUCUUGUUAGUAAGUACUCUAAUAAAAAAAAAUUACAUAAAAAAACCCAAAAUCUUGUACAACAUAUUUGUAAACAAAGUCACAUAUGCAGAAGCCAUUACCAGGCUCUAACAGUAAGUGCACAUGUUGCCUGUAAGGCUUAUACUCUGUGUUCCAUAUUGGGGUAUAUAAGCAAGAAGUAAUAAGUAAUUAAAAAUCUAAACAGUGUUGGACAAGCUAAGGGUCCCACGAUGCUAGUAUAAUUAGUGGUAUAAUUAAAUCAAUGUACAAUCACAAUCUCAACUUGUUUCCACAUACAGAUAAAUACGCAUUUCGACUGAGUUUUCUUCUUCCAGGUGCAUAAAUGUUGUAAUGUGCAAAGUCCUUAAAUACCCCUUUUCCCACCAUAUUCCCAUGAAAACGUGUAAUGCUUCAUGCAUAAUGUAACUUUUACACAUUUCUAUACACAUUAUUGGCAGUGAAAAAGUCUGCAUCCGCGUCAUUGCAUCGUAUAAACUGACAUCAUUAUGAAGUCAUAUGACUUCUGCAUCAAUUAACAGUCAACUUUUACCAAAUUUGCUCUGUACACAGUCUGUGGUUUAUGUGGUAUGAUUUAUGGUCGGAGAAGCUACUUUAAGAUAUUUUGUGCCAUGGUGCCCAUCCAGUACCCCUAGUAAUAAUCAAUUUCUAAGCUUUAUGUAACAUGACCAUGAAUGUCACACAUGCUAGUUAACCAAAUAUAUAUAUUUUAAACCCAAUUUUUACAGAAAGGACAGGAUGAAACAACACAUUUCUUGUUUACAGUGUAAUUGUAUUCUAGAUCUAUAGCUACAAUAUAUCUGUUUAAAUGAGCAAUCAUGUCUUCAGAUCUAUACUGUUAGAUGGGCCAACAUAAUGCAUAGUGUAACUGCAACUUUGAAUUUUAUGGCUCCUAACCUUGGGGCAGUGCCAAAAUAUACGUCAACCCUUUUCACUAUAAAGCGGAUUGCAGAAAAAACACCAACAGCAUUUGAAUAUUUUGGGUGUAAUGUAAUGUUCAAAUUUAUUUUUUGUUUCAAUAUGCAUAGAUAGCAUGUUAUGUAAUGGGAACAAAAAAAAAACAAGACAAAAACUUAUAUGAAAUAAUGAAGUUAUAGAUAUAAAAAAAACAAUGUUGUGAAUAAAUAACAUUCCUGAAUAUGUAAUGUAGACAUUUUCCCCUACAUAUUCUAUCAUCCUCUCCAAUAUGCAUUGUCCUAUGUGUUGUGUGUAUGCCUGUGGACUUUAUUUUUGUGUUGUGUUUAUAGUGAGGCUAUGGUUUUUUUAGGGGUAAGUGACUCUGUGUGUUGAAUAUGACAUGGUGAACACGGGUUUGACUGCAGUUUGGUGACUGUGGGGUUGAGUUUGAGGAGUGAUUUUGGGAGGGUGUGUGGGUGGCUGGGUGUGAAAGUGGGGAGUGACUGUGUGUGGGGAGGGUGUGUAUCUGUGUUCAGCAUCCCCACACAUUGUAGAGGAUUUAUUUACUUCGUUGCUGUCCCCCUCAUGCUUACAUUUUGGCAUGGGGAAUGAUUGUUUUUCAUACCCCUGGCAUAAUGGCCUCACUGUUUGUACAGUGGGCUAUCGGGCAGAUCUGCACCUCUGGCUGGGUGCAGACUCUUCCAAAUGCUCCCUUCCGGUCUCUGACCAGGACGGAGCAUCGACAGAGAGCUGCACCCAGCUGCAGGUGCAGACCAAGACUGUGAGCAUUGCCAGACAGUGAAAUAUUGCGAUCUCUCCAUCGGCCUGUGCAGCUGAUCUAAACAGUAAAAAAUUUACCUUCGCAGCAUUAAAAAAUUGUGCAUACAUGUUUUUAGGGUAUGAGUGCAUACCCUGGUAUUCAUAUUUGCACGAGUCAUGUAGUGAAAAGGUUAAAGGGAGUUACACUCCAGAGCAGUUGCUGCCAUUUUCAGCUGCCACAAUCAGUUUGGUUUCUCUCUCGAAACCGAUAUGCCAGGACUUAGACAGUGUGAUUCUCCAUUUCUCUGAAAAAUGAGAGAGACUCCGCUAAGGACAGCUGCUGCAAAUUGCAGUUACUCCCAGGAAUGUAAUUCCCACCAGUCUUCGACAAACAAGGACACAGCCGUAAUUAAAGAAAACAUUAUGUAAUGCAAAAGAUACAUAAUGCUGAAGCAAAGCAUGUAUAAAGUAUAAAUAAUAGCUCCUCAGGGUUCCGCAGACAUUUAUGUAUGCACGUGUAUAUGUACUACAUAAAACAAUGUCCAAUUAAAUAAACACAACUAAUAAGUGAUGUGGUGCUUUCUGUGCAAAAUUAAAUGUACAAAUUAAACUUUACCAAAUCACACACAGAACAGAGCAAAUUUAAGAUAUAAAAUACUCUGAUAAAUAUACAUAGAUAUAAAUAUUAUGAGUUGGUCUGUCCCUGUGUGUCCAACUUGCCUGGUUACAAAUACUUGUCUGUUAGUCCACCCAUUGUACAGCGCUAUGGAACUUGUUGGCACUUUAUAAAUAAUAAUAAUAAUGCUAAUAGGUAAAGAGAUUUUAGAAAGAAGUACCUGUCCUUUAAAGGACCACUAUAGUGCCAGGAAAACAUACACCCUCAGGGGUUAAACACUUACCUUUCUCCAGCGCCGGGCGGGGAGCUGUACUCCUCCUCUCCUCCUUGCUCGCGACGUCAUCAGCUGAAUGCGCAUGCGCGGCAGGAGCCGCGCGCGCAUUCAGCCGGUCGCAUAGGAAAGCAUUUACAAUGCUUUCCUAUGGACGCUUGCGUGCUCUCACUGUGAUUUUCACAGUGAGAAGCACGCAAGCGCCUCUAGCGGCUGUCAAUGAGACAGCCACUAGAGGCUCUGGAGGCUGGAUUAACCCUCAGUAUAAACAUAGCAGUUUCUCUGAAACUGCUAUGUUUAUAAAAAAAAAAAAGGGUUAAUCCUAGAUGGACCUGGCACCCAGACCACUUCAUUAAGCUUAAGUGGUCUGGGUGCCUAGAGUGGUCCUUUAAUAUAGUUUUUAGUGAACAUCGUGGACAUUUAUUUUUAUUUAUUUAUUGCUCCACUUAAAAGUUUUACUUGUGUGUAUGUGUGUAUGUGUGUGUGUGUGUGUAUAUAUAUAUAUAUAUAUAUAUAUAUAUAUAUAUAUAUAUAUAAAAACACAUAUAUAAUACAUACAUACAUACACUCUCUCUCUCUCUCUCUCUCUCUCUCUCUCUCUCUCUCUCUCCCCAUGAAUUGCAGGAUGUGGGCUUACACCCAUUGUACAGUGCUCUGUAAUUUGCUGGCGCUAUAUAAAUAAUAAAAUAAUAAUAAAAUAUGUGAUUUAAAAGAUUUAUGCUCAGUUUAAAUUUGCAGAAAGAAUGGAAUUAUUGUGAACGAAAAUAUGAUUUUAGGUAACGUCGCAACCUUAUCUCAAUGGGGAAAAUAUGAUUCAUUUUCUUUUAAAGUCCACAGUAAUAGUAUGAAAGCAAUGAGUUAUGCAUUAACCUCAAAUGUGGGGGUGGGCGACAAUGAUGGGGGAUGGUUCCAGUGAGAUAGGAAAGAAAAUGUCAUGAUGUGAACAGCAGGAGAAGACAGGCUAAAUGAAAAGACAGGUUUGAUAAAAUACAAGGGGGAGAAGGAGGAGGCAGAACCUUUACAUCUGGGUGAAUAAUGUUAUUGUUAUUUUGGGGUUUAACCCCUUACGGACCAAACUUCUGGCAUAAAAGGGAAUCUUGACAUGUCACACAUGUCAUGUGUCCUUAAGGGGUUAAAGCAGAGUAAAAAGAUUUGAUCAGGUUAUGUUUUGGGAGUAUGUAAAAUAGCUAAACAGAUUAAUUGCACAUAUUGGAAUGGGAAUGUGCACACUAUAUAGUAACAGGUUGCUUUGCUAGUGGUAUAGGAGAAGGAGAUUCAAUAUGCUCCAUUGUAUAUUAAAGGAACACUAUAGCGUUAGGAAUACAAAUGUGUAUUUCUAACGCUAUAAUGUCUUAGUCACCAUUUAGGUGACCACCCCCUUCUGACAAAAAGGAAUUGCUUCCCUAUUAUUCCCUGCUGCACUGCUGUCUUUACGGCUGGCCCCACAUCCUUAACUAAGAUCAGCAAGCUUCAUGAUCUUAGCCAAUUCAGUGCUUUCCCAUAAAAAAGCAUUGGGAGGCUAGAGCACAUGUGCAGCAAAGCCCCUGAACUGCACCAAUCAGAGGAGAUGGUCUCUAUCUGAUUGAAAUAGCCGAGUUUCACUCUGCUUUUUUGGAGAAAGUGUGAGUGACAGCCACUAGAGACAUUUAGACCCUGCAAUGUACACGUUAAAGUUGCAGUACAGCAAUGUUUUAACUAGCAGAUUCAGGGCACCCGUAAAUCUAUCUUAAAACAACAACAACAAAAAAAUGGUUUGCUAACUCUUUUUCCCAGGGCAGAGGCUACUUCUGGGCAGCCAUAUGCACUGCCUCCUGUGAAGUCCUCAUGGAGGCUGCCUCGUCUUCUCAUUCAAUCCAAUGCUUCCCAUAGCAAAGUGUUGAAUCCAAUCCGUCCAUAUGGUAAGCAUUAGAGGAUGUUUGAGAUUGUCGUGGAAUGCUUGAGCACAUUAACUAUUACGGAACAGAGUCUGACUCGGUCAUAAGUGUGAAAGCACCCUCUAGUGUCUGUCAGGAAGAUAGACAUUAGAGGUUUAAAGGGAAAGGAAACUAUGCACCAUACAAUGUAUGUGGAAGUCAGUAAGGGGUUACUUUGUGAUCUAAGAAGGGGUUAACUCACUUACAUAGUUUAAAUAAAAUAAGAGAGAAUCUAUUGAGAUUUUCUCUUAAUUGUUCUAAACUAGACACUUGAGGUGUUUUUUUAGCCCUGUAGUGAAAACAUUGCCUUAUCUUCUUAGCUGCAAUGGUCUACAUACUGCAAGGAGAAACAACAGGGCGAAUAUACCCAGACCACUUAUUUGAUAUCCAUUAAAAAUGUUAGUUUUAAAACUGGGGUUUGUUUACUAAGCAGUGUAUUGUAGUGAAUUAGGAUACUAUAGGCUAGGAGUAAAAAGGAGCUUGUAUUCCUAGCACUAUAGCUCCCUAUAAUACCCCCGCAGUGCAGAAUCUUUUUAUCACUUACUUGAAUCCAGCACCCAUGUCGGGGACCUAGUGCACAUGAGCGGUAAGUCCUGCAGUCGCAGUAGGACAGCCCCAUAGGAAAGCGUUGUAUAAUGCUUUCCUAUGGGUUUUGGGUGACACUGGAUGUCGUCAUGUAAAGCGCUAGGACGUGCAGUAUCAAUUAGGCAACCAAAAGUCGCUUAAUGAUCCAUUAGUCCCUCUAGUGACAGGUGGAGUUAAUUCUGAGUAGUAAUUACUGCAGUUUAUCAAUAACUGCAAUAAUUACAUUAACUGCAAUAAUUACAUUUGUAGGGUUAAGGGGACUGUGACAGUGCACCCAGACUAUUUUAAUGAGCUGAAGUAGCCUGGGUGCCUAUAGAGUACCUCUAAAAAACAACUUGUAAAAUGUAGGUCAAAGUAGCUGAUUUGGAAUAAUUAUACAUCUCUACUAUAGUCAGUGCGUAGCCAUUUUAGCCUUCAUUUUGCAAUGUGACUCUCAAUUUGCCACAAUUCACUAUUUAGUGAAUAAGCCAUUACAAGUGUCUGGGCACAGGAAAGUUUAGUACAAUGAUAGCAAUAGUUUAGAGCCCAGUCUUUCUACAGAAACAAAGGAACAAAUCUGACAGUGCAAUGACUCCAUUUUCAUAUCUUCCAACAUAUAAAAUGGGUAGAGAGAGGGACACUUUAAUUUUAUGGGGGAGGUGCAUGGGCAGGGCUAAUCAGAUGAAAUUUAGGUGACAUACUAAUAACAGUUUAUACAACUAAAAUGUAAUUUAGAACAAGAACAGUGUAUCUUAUUUUACACAGACUGAUUUCCAAACACAUUUUAGUUUAAAGAUGCAGUACUUUGAGUAUUGUUGCUUUGCUAUGCUCUCAGACACACAAUCCAAUUUGAGCUCCUAGAAAAGAUGGAUAUUAUGCUACAGAAGUCUUAAGACCCAAAAUAUAAACUGUCUUUCCUAUAUAGGGACAUUUGGGAGGUGUACAUCUUUGUUAAAAGAUUUCUUAGUUUUGGUCACCACUAUUUCUUAUUUUUACUGACCAUUUUUAUUAUUUAAAUUCCCUUUCAUAUUCCAAAUCAUGAUUCCCCCGUUUCCCAUCCUGCAUUUCAAUCUCCCAGAAUUCCAUCAGUCCCAGGACCAAUUAUAAGCAGUAGCUGGGAGAACUAAUCAGGAAAAAAAUACAGACAAUGGUCAUAGUAUGUGUGAUGUAAAACCAAUCAUGGUAGGUUUGUUCCAGGUAAAGAAUAAAAUGAAGCCAUACCAAGUACUUCAAGCAAAGGUUAACACUUUAUGGUCUGAUCUGAUGUUUAAUAUUGCAAUAUAACUGAAUCAAUGUACAAUCAAAAUUCAGUAUGGAAAAGGGAGCUCUGAGUAUUGUGCAAAGACUUGUAUACAGGGCCGGCCUGUAUAUAUGUAGCAGAGGCGGCCCUUUACACCUUAAUGCAAACUCAUUCGUUGGGUCCUCGGUCAGUGGCCCGGCGGCUUGCCCUGUAUGCCGCCGGGCCCCUCCAUCAGUCUGCUCUGGGAAAGCCUCCAGGUUGCAGCUCUGUCUUGUGCAGAGCUGCAGACCAAGUCAUGGAAGGCUCGCAAGCUCCCAGAGAGUUGCAGCGGGUUACCAUGGCAAUGCUCUGAUCUGAGCUCGGCAGAGCUGCAGACCUGUAGAGCCAGCCACUGGACCACCAGGAACUGGGGAGCACUUAGAAACAAGGUAUGUAACCAGCCUCCCCACAGCCUGUCACCCACCUCACCAUGCCCCCCACUGUCACCCUCACACCCUGCUCCCCCACUGUCACCCUCACACCCUGCCCCUCUACUGUCACCCUCACACCCUGCCCCCCCACUGUCCAUAGGACAGACUGGGGCAAUGGCCCCAGGCGGCACUUUAGCAGGGGCAGGUUGUCUCUGCUGCAUAUAUAUGUAGCAGAGGCAGCUCUUUAAACCUUAAUGCAGACUGCCCUCCCAUCACCCAGAUUGUCACCCUCAAACCCUGGCCCCCACUUUCAUCCUGACACUGUCACCCUCACACUCUGCACCCCCACUGUCACUCUGUCUGUCACCCUUACAUACUGCCCCCACCUCUGUCACCCUCACAUCCUGCCCCCCCACUGUCACCACAUACUGACACCCUCACAUCCUGCCCCAAUACUGUCAUUCUCAGAUCCUGCUACCCACUACUGCCACUCUCACAUACUGCUCCCCACACUUUCACACUUACAUCCUGCCCCCUACACUGUCACCCUCAUAUCCUGCCCCCUUACUGCCAUCCUCACAUCCUGCCCCCCACCACUGUCAUUCAAACCCUCACAUACUGCCUCCCACCACUGUCACACUCACAUCUUGCCUCCCACCACUGUCACUUUCACACCCUGCCCCCACAGCCUUCCUACACACUGCCCCCCACACUGUCCCUUUCCUAUACACUGCCCUCUUAUACUGUCAUCUUCCUACACACUGUCCUCCUAUACUGUCACCUUCCUACACACUGUUCUGCCAUUCCAGCCCACAGGCUAGAGGCAGGAAGGCGGGAUAACCCCAAUUUAAUUUAAACUGCUCACCCCCACUAGCAUUUAUCCAACUCUACACACACACUCUACAUGCACUGCACAGACACUACAUACACUACACAGAUACUGCAUCCACCACACACACACACUGCCUCCACUGUACAUACUACACACACAGACAAUAUAUUCAGUACACACACUACAUACAAUACACACUACAUCCAUGACACAAUUACAAACACAGUAUCUAUUACACACAAACACUGUAUCCACGACACACAGACACUGCAUCCACUGAACACACACGCUCAGUGAUCUCCCUCCCCGGCCCACAGGCACAUUGCUGGGCGGCCGGCAAGGGAGGGAGCUCCGCCGGGUUCUCCUUUCGCGAGCACGGAGCGUUACCAUGGCAACGCUCCGUUCUCGCGAGAGUGAACUCUAGCCUGAGCUGCAGGUUAGAGUUCACUCCCCCACUAGAACCACCAUGGACUGGAAGAAAGCAAUGUAUCCCCCUCCCUCAGCAAAGGUAAGAAGGGAGGGGGGACAUUAGCUAUAUUUAUUUAAUUAUUUAAUAGUAAUAAUAAUAAUAAUAAUAAUAAAAAAUAUUUAAUCUUCCCCCCUAUCCCCUCACAUAAACUAUAACCCCCUACACACUGCACCACACACAAAUAUACAGCCCCUCCUUACACACACAGCCCCCCUCACACACACACACACACACAACCCCCCUUACACACACACACACAACCCCCCCAUUACACAUAGCCCCAAUACACUCACUGCCCCCCAUACAAACACAUAGCACCAGGGCCGGACUGGGAAGAAAAUUCGGCCCGGGCAUUUUUUAAUUACAGCGGCCCACUAAAAAGGGGGCGGGGCCAGAUAGGGUGUGUUUUGUCAUCACCAAUGACAAGCACGCCCCAUCACAAAGUGAGCAUGUUGGUUCAAUGCUCUUCCAGGGUAGACCAUGCGCAGAGCUCUGCUGAAGAGCUCUGGCAUAAGAAAAAUACCCUGUAUUUGUACUGCAUAGCGCAAGCAAAUUUAAUAACAUACUUGCAUUGUGUUUGCUUGAAAUUUGUCUCUGGUGUCUCCAUAGUUGGGAUACCAGGAGACAAAAAUGCCAGGAAAGCAUAUUGCGCAGUGUGUGUGAGGGUGCUCUGUGUGUGUAUGUGUGUGAGAGAGGGGUGCAGUGUGUGUGUGUGAUGGGUGCUGCGUUUGCGUGAGGGUGCUAUGUGGGUAAGGGUGCUGUGUGUGAUGGGUGCAGUGUGUGUGUGCUGUGUGUGAGUGGGUGCUGUGUUUGCAUGAGGUGCUAUGUGCAUGUGAGGAAGCUGUGUGUGAGGGUGCAGUGUAUGCAUGUGAGGAAGCUGUGAGUGUCAGGGGUGCAGUGUGUGUAAGUGAGGGUGUGUGAUGUGCGUGUCAGGGGUGCAGUGUGUGUGUGUGAGGGUGCUGUGAGUGUCAGGGGUGCAGUGUGUGUGCUGUGCAUGUCAGGGGUGCAGUGUGUGUGCUGUGCGUGUCAGGGGUGCAAUGUGUGUGUGUGAGGGUGCUGUGAGUGUUAGGGGUGCAUUUUGUGUGUGCUGUGAGUGUCAGACGUGUAGUGUGUGAGUGAGGGUGCUGUGAGUGUCAGGGGUGCAGUGCGUGUCAGGGGUGCAGGGUGCUGUGAGUGUCAAGGGUGCAGUGUGUGUGCUGUGAGUGUGUGCAGUGUGUGUGUGAGGGUGCUGUGUGUGUGCUGUGUGUGUCAGGGGUGCAGUGUGUGUGUGUGAGGGUGCUGUGAGUGUUAGAGGUGCAUUUUGUUUGUGCUGUGUCAGACGUGCAGUGUGUGUGAGGGUGCUGUGAGUGUCAGGGGUGUAGUGUGUGUGUGAGGGUGCUGAGAGUGUCAGGGGUGCAGUGUGUGUGCUGUGUGUGUCAGGGGUGCAGUGUGUGUGUGUGAGGGUGCUCUGAGUGUUAGGGGUGCAUUUUGUUUGUGCUGUGUCAGACGUGCAGUGUGUGUGUGAGGGUGCUGUGAGCAGAGUGUCAGGGGUGCAGUGUGUGUGUGAGGGUGCAGUGUGUGUGUGUGUGUCAGGGGUGCAGUGUGUGUGUGUGCUGUGAGUGUCAGGGGUGCAGUGUGUGAGUGUCAGGGGUGCAGUGUGUGUGUGUGGGUGCUGUGAGUGUCAGGGGUGCAGUGUGUGUGUGAGUGUGGUGUGCUGUGAGUGUUAGGGGUGCAGUGUGUGUGAGUGAGGGUGCUGGGAGUGUUAGGGGUGUCUGUGAGGCUGCUGUGAGUGAUUAUAUCCCCCCUCCCUGCUUACCUUAUGCCUGGGAGGGGGGAUCCUGCUACUCCUGCCGCCAUCCAUCCCUGGUGGUCCAAGUGGUGAGUGAACUCUAGCCUGUUGGGCUAGAGUUCACUCUCGCGAGACCCGGAGCGUUGCCAUGGCAACGCUCAGAAUCUCGCGAGAGGAACCCAGCGGAGCUGUAAGUUAAAGCUCCGCCGGGUUCCUCUGCUGGCAGGCUGGCUCCCUCCCUCUCUCCCCCGGCGGCCGCACUAUGCUGCAUGUCUCUGAUCUCCCCACCGGCCCCUGUAGACUGCUGCAGGGCCGGUGCUCGGAUAGUGCCGGCCCUGCAAAGACCGGCAGGAGAGAUCCUGUGAUCUCCCCUGCCGGCCUCGGCCCCACGGCCACCGCGGCCCACCGGGCAUUUGCCCGGUGUGCCCGAUGGCCAGUCCGGGCCUGCAUAGCACCCCUCACACAAAAACACACUGCUCACAAUACACACACUGCACCCUUUACACACAAACACACUGCUCCCAAUGUACAAAUUGCUACCCCAUACAUACACUGCACCCCUCUCACACACACACUACCCCUCCAUACACAUACUGCGACCCACACAUACACACUACAACUCCUAUCCAGGCAGACCUGGUACGUUAUCAAACGUUUUUUUAAACGGAUUGACUACUUACUCUGGGAGGGCGCCACAGCGACUCCUGGCACCAAAACCACUACAGAGAGCUGUAGUGGUUAUUGUGCCUUGAUUGUUUCUUAAAAUAAUCUGCCAGUGCCCCUCCCGAGAUUAGCUUCUGGAUCCGCCACUGGCCUGAAUGUAUAGCAAAUUUCCACAGCAUUAAUAUUCGCAAUAAAUGUGUUUAGAGAUCAUUCUGUGUAAAUAAAACAUAUUGUUCUUGUUCUAAAUAUAAUUUUAGUUGCAUAAAUUGUUGUUAGUAAAGGCUUUUAAAGUGGACUCAUUAUUUUUCCUGAACCACCAAUACUUGCAAUAAUUUGUUCUUAUCCAAUUUUUUAUUUUCUAGAAAAAUAUUUUUAUACUGUUUUUAUAUAUUGUAAUAAAUUCCCUUAUUUUAUACUAUCCACUGUAUCCAGCACCAGUGAUUCCAGGGAAGGGGCAGUGUCACCCCACAAACUGACACUAGGCCUAUACACUUAGAGCCAGUUACCAAAGGGCUCUAAAUAAGGUGAGCACUUCAAUUUGUUUUUUAUAAGAAAAUAUCAUAGAGGAUGCUACACUUAGUUGGAUAAUUCUGUGUCUUUCAUAUAUACGCUGGGGAGAGAAAAAAUACACACUCAACCUGGAGAGAGGGGUCGUGUGGUCUACCCUUAAAGACACAGAUGCACCUAAGUUUAGAGCCUAAUUCACUUGAAAAGGCUCUAAAAAAUGUGAGUGGAGAUAUAUAUGUUACCCACUAAAUACUUCACUAAAGUAAUAGAUAUACUGCACAAUUAUCUGCAUAUAUUUCUGUUUUCUUUUGUAUAUGUAUUACAUUGGAGAAUAUAAAGGAUAAUUGCCUUUGAAUCACAGGUAAUUCACUGUGUUUUCACACAUUACACAGCGCUGCACUCAUAAAGAUAGAAGACCUGAGGGGUGGAAACACCCAUCAGAUCUGAAAUCUUUCUCGUCUUUUGGUGUUUCUUAAAAUAAUCUGCCAGUGCCCCUCCCGAGAUUAGCUUCUGGAUCCGCCACUGGCCUGAAUGUAUAGCAAAUUUCCACAGCAUUAAUAUUCGCAAUAAAUGUGUUUAGAGAUCAUUCUGUGUAAAUAAAACAUAUUGUUCUUGUUCUAAAUAUAAUUUUAGUUGCAUAAAUUGUUGUUAGUAAGUCACCUAACAUUUCUGAGAACAGCCCAGCUCCUGGCCACACCCUAAAAUGAAAUUAGGGGUGUCUUAUUAUUCCAUUUGCAAUGUUGGGCAUUAUGCUUUAGUUCUGCCCAUCCCCACCUUGAUUUCAUACCUUCCAGUGUUGAAAUGUAUACUUUGUGAUGUGUUUUUGUACGAUUUUUAUUUGGAAUUGUUAAUUAGUUUGACAAGAUUGUUUACUUAAGGGGCGUAUUCACUAAAGAGUGCAUUUCAUCAAAUUAAAAUCCGAAAUGUAAUAUUUAGGUUCAAAUAGCAAAACUAUGACUAGUGCAGCGUUAGGGAGUUUCCAAGUCAGCUGUCCCAAAUUGUGCCAUUAGGAUUCCAAUUUGCUAUAAUUCAUAGUUUAUUCAAUAACCCCGUGUGUGUGUUUAAAUGUGAAUCCAGCACGAUUAUUCACUAAACUUGGAAUUGAAGAGAAUUUUAAUCCAAAUGGCAAAACUAAGGUUAAAAGCGCCACACUGUAACCAUGGCAGAUUUGUAGAGUUUUUCCUCGUGUUGGCCUAGAACUUGUCGUUUUGUGAACAAACUCGAGAAAUCUAUGGAUCCUAUACCUAAUAAUAAUUAUUGACACCAAGAACAUGGCCCACACCAGCCUUUACUGGCGACGUCUAUAUGACUCAGGCACGUGUACCUUUAAGGAAUAGCGCGAUUCUUCUAAACCCUGGUUGCCCGGCAACGGUGACUACAGUUACUACUGUAAACCAAGGGCAUUCCGAAUGAGCGUGCUUCGUGUCUGACCGUCUCCCUGCUGUGUGGGCGAGGAAGGGACCCCUAGGUGGGGUAUACACACACCCCCUCUAGGAUAGUUAUAUAUAGCAGUAGAUUAAUGAGGGCCUGCAUUACACACAAAGCGCCUAUUUAUCACUAUCACCUUUUUACUAGGAUACUGCUGUAUGGAUAAUAUGAAGUCAACAUUAAAUUAAUUUUAUUUAAUAUCCUUGUCUAUUCAAUGGCACUGACUCCUGUCUAAUUAAAUAGGCUGUAUGGCCAUUGUAAAAGCAGUGCAUUAUUUACAUUUUUAUUUUUUUUAAAUAUUUGUUAAAUACCACGAUAUAUGUUUGCUCUGCAACACUGGCUGCUGUGGACUGUAACUCUUAUUAUCCUCAGGCAGCCAGGACAGUUUGUAGUAGGAGUAGUACUGCACAUCAGCUGGGUGAUUCGAGUAGUCUGUGUUUGUGUAUGUGUUUUGUUUUCUACAUAAAUGGUUUAUAGUUGACUGUAUUUUCUGUUUUGCUAUAUUUUAGGCUCCACAAGGCUCAACAUAAUCAGUGUUGGUAUAUGUGUAUAGAAGUAUUGAAUGGUUAGUCUGAGAUACUAUUCCUAAAAUUCUGUAUGGUGAGUACACUUUGUGGUAUGGUGGUGAGUUUGAUAAUAAUUAUUUGCAUGGUAAUGUGGUAUAAUUAGUUAUAUUUUUCACUAAGAGGACUUGGCUAUAGCUGAGUUGUUGAAUUUUUCCAGCUCUAUUUCGCCCCCAAAGUUUGCAAAUGAAUUCACCGUGUCACAAUGUAGUGAAUAAACAUCAGUCUUUUCAGAAUUUAAAGUGAUUUUACGUUUUAGGCUAAAAUAGUUGACUUGGGAAAAAAAUUAGCAUUGUUUCUAAUCUGGCUUUUUUUUGUUUUGUUGUUUUUCUUUGUUUUUUUACAAAAAUGUCAAAAUCACUUUGUAUAUCCAACAAAUUGCAUUUUAUUGCAUUGCAAUACUGAAUAAAACAGUGGAUACUUUUUUUCCCUUUCACUGUUCAGUAAAUAGCCCUGGAUGUAUUUACAAAGAAAGCUGUUAAUGUGUCAUGUGUGAAUUAAGAUAAUUGUGUGCUAAAUCCAUACAAGGCAACUGGAUUUAUAUACUGAACAUUUCAUGUGAAUUCAUCGCUGACAGGGUUAUUCACUGAAGUGAGUUUUCGAAGUGCAUUAAAAAUGAAUUUUAAAUUUAAGAUCUAGGUAACUGACAUGGGGAAAAAAGUUCGAAUUCGGCUAUGUUUAACUCUGUCUGUUUUUAACAUCCAAGCUGUGACUGUAGCUGAGUUAAACAUUUUUUUAUUUUUAUUUUUCGGUAUUCAAGAAAUUCAGUUAUCUGGUUUAUUCUCUAAGAUGUAAAUUGUUUGGAGUUCAAGUGAACUUUUACAGAUUUACUUAAAAUACUUAAAUUAGAAACAUAGCCAUACUGGAGAUCUUUUUAAAAUUCAUUAUUUUGUAUUACAAUUUUUUAUUUACUUUAAAUGUCCAACAGUUUAUUGAAUACCUGAGUUGGAAGCUGCAGCCCUUCUUUUAAACUGAGCAUAGUGCCCAAGAAAAAAGUGAAGUAGUGGGUAUGGGUAUGGGUAUAACUGCAGCCACGGGGUCCAGAGCUUUUACAAGGCUCUGUUGGCUAAAUAUGAUGGUAGCGGGAAUAUGCUGACUGACUUUUUUAUUCUGAGGCUCACAUCCAUAUACAGGGUAACACACCUGGAGAAUUGCCUAAGAAUGAUGAGAGCACUGAUAGUAUCUGAAAAUAAGGGGUGCAAAUAGUGUAGGCAGCAAACCCUUUUCAUUAUAGCACAUUGACAUGAAUGAAUGAAUUGAUAUUUCCAACAAGACUUUGUGAAAUCUGCUUAUUGUCACCUUACUGCCAGCGUUAAUAUUUAUCUCACUGUUUAAAUGAUUGUGUAGCUCCAGUUAUCGUCACAGCGUAGCUUCCCCGCACCCUCGGGAUGACUUUUAUUGUCACCCCUAGAAUAAAAGGUUGUAUUCACUUUAGUGCUUGUUACUACUGCUGCUCUAUCAGAAUGAACAGUUAUUGUUACUGGACUGUCGGAAUGAAGGGUUAUCUUCACCUCGCUGUCAGAAUGAACAAUUCUCUUUGUUGCAAGGACAGAACUCACUGUCAGGAGGAAAUCGACUGCAGCAUGUCACAUUUCAUAUUGAAACAGACCCCUAUCACCUAAUAAAACACUCUACUGAAAAAAACACUAAACUAUCCAGGAGUAGGUAGAUAUAGAAGAAUGUAAAAUGGGAAAUAAAAGAUUGGAAAUCACGAAAAAGAAAAAUGUAAAUGAAACUUAGCAAAUGAUAGAUCUACAAAACAGUGGUUUCAGUCAUAUGAAAAGGAUACAAAUAAACAACAUAAACUCAACAAGAAAUACUUAAUGGAUAAUUCACAUAGAUCAUAGUCCAUCUGGAAAAAAUAUAUAUAUAUAAACGUGAACCAUGCGGUAAAUGAAUAAUAAAUAAUAGUCUUUGGCUGUAUCCGCUAAGAAUGACCCCAGAAAAUGGCUUACUGUAGUAGAAGCAGGACGAUAUACUGGUGAAGCUGAAAUAAUCUAGUAUCAGUUUUGUAUCCUGAAAUGCAAUACAAACUGAUACAUAAAUAUUAGGAUGAAACAGUCUUGAUAAUAAUGUUAUACCAUUGAAAACCGCAGAGUGCUUGAAGUAUAUCGAGUCUGUGCUGGAUUCUAUAAUAUAAAAUACAGAGACAUAGUGCUCUCUGAUAAAAAAAAUUAUUAUAAAAAUACACUCACAAGGGGUUCAAAGUGUUGGCAUAUCGCACCAGGUCGGUAGCCUACAGUCCAGAAAAUCCUAGUGGCUUCCUCGGGGGAAGUGUGGAUCUCUGUAAGGUGUCAGACACUGGAUGUUUGCUGUGUGCGUUCCACUGCGGCUUGGGAUGCGUUCCACUUGGCUGCCUUCUGAGAGCUUUAGGUAUGAUGCUUGCCUUACACGUUUCGUGAUCGGCUGAUCACUUCAUCAGAGUAAUGAUGGAUAGUUUAUUGUUUUUUUUUUUUUUAAUAGAGUGUUUUAUUUUACCUUUAUAGCUUUAGGUAGUAGCUAUUUUUUCCAGUGAGAGAGUAGAUAUAGUUGCAUGGUUUAGGUCUCUUGCACUGUGACUUAGGUGGGAUUACUCACCAUUAAUUGAUUCUUACAUCUUUGUAUCUUAUCUAUUUGUGGGUGUAAUUUCCCCUUCAUAAGUCUCUAUAUUCCAUAUCACCCAAUACCCAUGUUCAGGGACAACCCAUCACUGCAACCCACUACAUUCUAAGGGAUGCACAAUCUAUAUGCAAUGAACUCAUUUCUGUACAUUUACUUUUUAUGUCUAAUGUUAUCAACCCCUUGGCUCUUUUUGUGACCUAGCUAACAUCCUGAGAUAGGACUGUGUUUUCUCACAAUUCAUUCAUACUCUGUCUUCUAGAUAGACAGAGAGGUGCUAUUGCAUAUUCCCUUUUUACAGAGGCAUAACUAGAAACCACUUGUCCACGCUACACACAGCGGCAGAAAGGGAACAGCACAGCGCUCCCCUCCUGCCGGUCACCCGGCAACCUUGUGCCGCUGGCCUUGAAGUUAUGCCAACUUUAUAAAACUCUAUGUGUACAAAAGGCGCUUAGACACACACAUAUAUAUAUAUAUAUAUAUAUAUAUAUAUAUAUAUAAAACAAGAGGGGGUUGCCUGCACUCACCUUAACAUGCAUAAAUGGGGGUGCUGCUGGGGGCCAAAUAAUACAAUACACAAGAUCCAGCGCACUCACCUAUCCACUAAACAGCAACUUCAAUGUUGAAAGAUUUUAUUUGUUUUUUUAAAACACCUAAUCUAGGCAAAAAUAAUGGGGGUUUAGUUACAUUAUAUGAUCAUACAUUGCAUAAGCCUGCCACAACGUCAAUGUACCCCAUCUUUGGCAGGUCCUACACUAACAGCCUAAUGUCUGCUCUUAUGAGAUUAACCUACUUGGGGAAAGAAAUUCCACCUGGGGCUCUCUGCAGUACAAGGCUAAAUAGGGCCCUGGGAUGAGGCACCUGUGACAGGGAGGGGUGCAAGUUUGUUGCAUUUCUUAUAUACGGUCACGUCCAAAAAUCGAAUUGAUUCCAAAUCAUAUUGAACAGUCAAUCUGACAGGUGUCGGUAAUUGAUUAAUUUCUGUAAUCAUAUUUUCCAGAUUUGUGGGCGUUCCGAUCCAAAUAAGAAAAAGGUUGUCCACAAACCGGUAAUAAUGUCUAAUGUGUUGCCCAUAUUUUUGUAAAAUGUGGGUCUGUUCGAACAUGUACAUAUAGGCAUAUGAUGGUGCCAUGGCUGCUCCCAUCGCGGUCCCAGUUAAUUGAAGAAAAAUUGGUUUUCAAAUUUAAAGUAGUUGCAAGAAAGUGCUAUUGACAAAAAUUCCAUUAGGUAUUCGAUGGGUGGUCCCUCAUAUACAGAAGAUUGUACGAGGACAUCUUUGAGGGCUUGUAUGCCAUCUCCAUGGGGUAUGAUGGUAUAUAGACUUUGAACAUCCAUGGUUACCAGUAGUGCUGUGGUGUCAACAGAGGGAUCCUGAUUGAUCCUAGACAUAAAAUCUUGUGUAUCACGUAGACAUGUAGAUAAAGCUAAUACACUGUCUUUGAUGAAAAUAUCAAUAUAUUUGGCAAUCGGUUCUAGUAAACUGUCGUUGGCUGAGACUAUAGGUCUCCCUGGUGGUUGUAUAGGAUCUUUGUGGAUCUUAGGCAGAGUAUAUAGCACCGGGUGUUUCGGUUGUUCCACAAACAAAAAUUGUGCAGUUUUUAUAUCCAAAUAUUCACAUUGUCUUCCAAGAUCAAUGUGGUUUUGUAUUCUCCUUUGAAAUUUCUUUGUGGGAUCGAAAGUAAGUCUGGCAUAUGUCGACGUGUCGUUUAAUUGCCUGUAUAUUUCAGUUUGAUAACUAAUGUAUGACUGGAUGACCGUGGCACCCCCCUUAUCGGCUGAUCGUAUUAUAAUAUUGGGGUCUUGUCUGAGAUCCCUUAGAGCGAUUUUUUUUCUCUCCCGGUGUCAAGUUCUGAUGAUGUUUCGGUGAGUUUUUAAUUAUUUUCUCUGUGUCUGUUUUAACAAUUUGGAUGAAUGUUUUAAUUGAGGCGUUUGCAUUGCGAAUGUCCCUUUGGUUUUUUGUAUAGAAUCGAUGUGCUGUACUUUGUAUUCCAUGUUUUCUCAAUUCCUUACUAUAUAAUGUUCUUUGGAUUUUGUACAUCUCGACCUCAGUCAUAAAAGGAUCAGGUUUAGCAACAGGUACGAAUGAGAGGCCUUUGUUCAAUAAUGAGUAGUGAUCCGAAUUAAGAAUUUUAUCAGACAAAUUGAAUACCGUGGUCAUCUUCUCAUUCUGGGUGUUUGUUUUUUUUCCAAUGUAUCAUUUUUAUUGGAAAUAUAAACAGCGGGGUACAGAAAUGAGAAAGGGGUAAGGGUAAAGAAUUACACACAAGCAGGUCACAUUGUUGAGUGCAAAUACUAUUGAUUCUUACACACACAUGUUGCGCAAGAUACAUUGUAUGGUUACAUUGUUGUGUGAGCAAUUUUUCAGAUCUGCCUCAUUGCCUGCGUGGUUAGCUGCUGGGGAUGAUGGGGUUAAGGGAGGGGGGAAAGGGGGGGUCAGCAACAGGGUAAGGGUAAGGGUGGUGGGUUGAGAUGUCUCUACACCUUGUUGUGUUUUGCGGUGGCUCAUUUAGCCACUGUUCUCAAGCUACCUCUGCUUAUGCGGGAGUUUAGCUUAGGGGGGCUUCCCUGUAUUUCUUUUUCCUCGUACAUCUGGGGUGGGUUAGUCCCCUAUUACUGUUUUCUCUUCGCUGACCUAGGACGACACGGGCUCCGUCUCAUUGUCCAGACCAGUUGGACCAGAUCAGGUUGUAUCGUGCUAGGGUGCCCUGGAUCGUAUGCGCUAUUUUCUCAAGGUGUUGCGUGAGGUUUAUUCUGUUAACUACCACUGUUAUUUCCAGGGCUGAGGUAGAUUUCCAGAGGGAAGCUAUACAGUGUUUGGCUGCUAAGGUAACAUGGGUGGUCAGCACCGCCUCCGGGUGAGUCAGUGAUUUGGGAAGCAUGUGUAGGAGGUAAGCCUCCGGUGUGAAUGGUAUCCUUUUCUGUAUACUGCUUUGGAGUAACACCUGUACCUGUCUCCAGAAAUUGUGUAGUACUGGACAUUGCCAGAAGAUAUGGCUCAAAGUACCCGUCUGUGCGCAGCAGCGCCAGCAUACCUGUUGUGCCCCUGGAUAUAUAAGUGCCAACCUCCGUGGGGUGAGAUACCACCUCAUCCAGAGUUUAUAGGCCGCCUCAACAUGGUCCAGGCAGUGUGUGGCUCGUUUCACAAGCGCCAUCGCUGCGGACCAUUUACUACUCUCUAUUGUGCUAUUGAGUUCCGAUUCCCAGUGUACCAUGUAGCUUAACUUUUCAGGCUUGCCUAUCUCCAGGAGAUUUUGGUAACAUAGAGAGAGUGGUUUUGCUUGGGUCUUACGCCUGAGGCACAGUGUGUCGAACGAGCCCGGCUCUCUGGUGUUGGGUGUCGCUUGUUUGAUCCCCUGCAUUAUGUGCUUAAUGCGAAGGUAGGUGAAGAGUUCCCUACCCGGGAUGAGGAAGGUCCGCUGAAGUGUCGGGAAUUGUCUGAUCUCACUACCCUCCAUUAUUUGGGAUAUCCUCUCUAUCCCCUGUGCCAACCACCCGUCUAGAACCAGAUCUUGUGUGAGGUAUUUUAGGCUAGUUAUGGGGGCGUAUAGUAUCAGAGGUUGGGCUAGGAGUUUCGGGCCCCAUCUGUGCCAUAUGCGGAGAGAAUGUUUUGUGGUCACCAGCAUGUUUGUGUCGCGUGGGUGCGAUCUGGUCGGGACCCAGAGUAAGUCUAAUAGUGCAUGGGGCGUAGCAGUUGCCGUUUCUAAUUGGUACCACAGGGGGCGGUUUGGGGUUCUCAGCAAUCUUGCUUUUUGGGAUAGAUUCGUGGCUAUGUAGUAUUUAGAAAUAUUGGGUACACCCAGCCCCCCUUUCCCCAUAGCCAGGGUUGUGCUUGCCAGAGAAACCCUAGGUGGUUUCUUCUUCCAUAUGUGCGCGUUCAACAGACGCUGGAAUCGUUGUAGUAGCCCCUUCGGUAUCUCAAUGGGGAGGGCCCUGAAGAGGAAUAAUAUUUGGGGGCGUAUGAUCAUUUUUAUGGAGUUUAUGCGUCCCAGCCAUGAUGUGUUUUUUGCCCCCCAGCUCUCCAGCAGUGUCUCAGUUUUAUUUAACAAGGCGUCAUGGUUAUGUCGGAGUAGGUUGCGUCUUGAGGGGGCCAGUUUUGUACCUAAGUAGGAGAGAUUGUCUUUCCGCCAGUCAAAGGGGUACUGAGCUCGCAGUGGAGUUAGGUGAGGGUGGGGCACGUUAAAGGGUAAUACCUGAGUCUUUGCUUCGUUGUUUUUGUAAUAGGACACUAGGCCAUAAUCAUGGAGCAGGAGUAGGAGAUGUUUCAGUGAUUCUGUCGGGUUAGACAGAAAUAGCAGGAUGUCGUCAGCAAAGGCCGCUAUUUUUUGGGGACCUAUUAGUGUGGGGAUACCCGUGACGCACUCCUCCUGCUUAAUUAUGUGCAUUAGCGGUUCUAGUGACAAGAUAAAGAUAAGGGGCGACAAUGGGCAUCCCUGUCUCGUGCCAUUUGUCAGGGCAAAGCGUUGAGAGGUGAAACCGGAGCUCACCACCACGGCCGUCGGGGAGGAAUACAAUGACCGGAGGCCAUUGAGAAAUUUGUCGGGGAAUCCAAACCUGCGGAGGACCUCCGUCAUGUAGCCCCAGUGUAGCCGGUCGAAGGCCUUCUCCGCGUCAAGGGCCAUUAGUAGUCCCUGUGUUCUAUGUACUGUCAGGAGUUCCAUUAUGUCUAGUGCACGCCUUGUGUUGUCCUCUACCUGGCGUUCCGGGACAAAACCUGAUUGUUCCGGAGAAACGAGUGUACCCAGGAGGGGGAUUCUGGGUGGUUUUCAUGUAAGAUUUGUAUUUUUGGCAGUGCCUCUGUCCUCGCCGCGUUGGUCGGCUUUUUUUUACGCCUCGAGUAUUGAUACGUGAUGUCCCUGGUGGUUCUUCUGGAUACCUGUCCCUUUCUAAAAAAGGAUCCGAGGCCUGUCUCUUUAAAUCUUCACUCGUUUCAGGUUCUGACGUUGAGUCUCCUAAACUGGCAUCAAUUGUCUGAAAUAAUGGUUUGCGUAUUUUUGUCCUAAAUUUAAUGUUAGGUCUAUAGUUGUCUUGUGCUCCUCCCAGCCAUCUGUAUACCUGAUGAUACUUGUAAUCAUUGUUCACCUUUUCCAAUUUCUGUUUCUUAAAACGGAUAAGGUCAUUUUUAUAUUUAUUGAUUUCAUCUUGUAGUUUUAACAUUUGGAUGGUGGCCGUUGAUGCUUGCAGUGUUAUAGUAUUUGCAGUUUCCAUAUUUUGUAUCGAUUUUUUUUUUUAACAAAGAUUAGUUCUUUACCCACUUCUUCAACCACAAUCACCAUCCAAUCCAAUGAGCAUUUAUUGGAUAUAAGCAUCCACUUCUUGCAAAAUACUGGAUUCUGCCUUCCUAUUGUGGGGGCAUUCCUGACCCUAAAACUUCUGGGAAUCCUCCUCGCACGUUUGUAAUCAGAGAUAAAUACUCCGUGGAGAUCCAGGUCAAUUUUCCGUUUUUUUAAUUUCAAUAGGUCAUUGUACAGAUCUUGCACUGUAUUAGUAUGUAAUAAUUCUUGAGAGGUUUGUGGCCACAGGAUGGCAUUUGCUUGUGCAUCAGAUAUAGAAAGUGUUUCGGCAGAUUCCAAUAAUGCUCCUGCUUUAGCCACAAAAUCUUCCAUUGUACAAAAAAAUAUUUUUUGUAAAUAUAGUCUUAGUUUGUUAAAUGCUGCUUUUACACUCCAGUGGGCAUCUUCCUUUCCCACUAAGUAACGUGAAGACAGGUGAAUACAACCGUAGGUGAAUGAACAACCAUCAGCCUUUCCGAGUGGAGCUCUAUAUACAGAACUAGAAUAUUCACUUACCCCUAUAUUGGGGGGGGUGUACAUAGAACAAAUUGUGUACUGGAAAUUGUACUAAAAGAGAGAAAACCAAAAAGAGAGAUAUGGUGUGUAUAGUUGAGCACUCUUGUAGAUAACAUGUAAUAAUGGUCACAUCCUGAAGUUAUGCCAGCCCACGGUUGCAGGGGUCGACAGGUCUUCCUAUCUGCCAUGCCAUAAUCUCUGCUGUCUUCUAAAGAUUUUCUUUAGAAAGUAGAUCUCUUCUCCUGCCGUAUCUAAUAGUCAAUCAGUUAAAUAAAUCCACACAAAAAUACAGUGUGAAAUCUUACAAGGUAACUUAAAACCAUUCAUUAAUUACAAAUAAUGUCAUAAACUGUUUAACACCACCACUGCUUCAAUGUAAUCCAGUAUCAUUGUGUCCUACACUACUCAUAAAAUGGAAGAUAAAAACUUUAAAUGUAUCACGAGGACUGAAGAGAUGGGGUGCAACCAAACAACCAAAAAGGAAUUUGCUUGGGACUCCUAAUAUAUACAAGCUCCAAAAUAGUGGGUUGAUAAGUUUCCCUUAUUCUCCUUGUUGAAAAUCCUCAAUGUCACCUCAAAGCAAAACAGUGCUAAAGGCCACCUCCACUCCCAUACACAGCUUUGCAAGAUUGCAACCACAGUCAUGAAAUGGGUCUCACACUCUUGAACAUCUCUGAGAGAAAUCACACUCUCAAACAGUUUACACUAUGUGUUCCAACAUUUAGUUCUGUCAGAACAACAUCCUUUUAUUUUCUUACAUCCACACUAGGCUUUCAUCCUCUCCUAAAUCCCUCCACCUCAGAAUGUCCCCCAUGCAGUAGUUUAAUAGGCCAAAUACCACCACCACUGACACAAGUUGCUCGCUUAACAUCCUUCCUCGAAUUCCAGCAUUGUUGUUACUCAAUGCUUCUGCGUAGCCCUCUGUCACACUAAGCCGCCUUAGCCCAGGUACCAAGGAGGGCUACACUAUUUAUUUUGUCUUUAAAUCUCACAACCAAUUAUUUUUACUAUACACCACAUGUACUCCAAUUCAUUUUCACUGUCCUAAUACUGACUUUAACCCACCUCUAGUACUGAAAGCUAACAAUCUAGCAAUAGCUAUAACAAGUUAAAAACAAACCAAAAUAAAUACUAUAUGGCAAUAUAUGCUAUAUCUAGAAAAGCUACGUGUUCAAAACCCUGCAGGACUGGGAUCUCUUCCUGUAAUCAUUAGUAAUGGGAAGUAGAGCUAUGACUCCUUACAUUCUCAUGGAAAACAGCAUCCAGAUAGUUUAUCUGUAGCUGUCAGAACUGCAGCCAGAACUAACAUUAGAUGACACCUACGUAUGGUUCUUGUCACAAAAAAUAAAAUAAUAUGGGUGUGACUUAUAUACACAAAAAUGAAUAUAGAUAUGAGUCACUAUAUACAGUAAAGGAAGAAGAAGAAAUAUUUCAAAACAGGCUAUUUAGGCUGUUUCUAAUUAGAUAAUUGUGGAAACACAGCCUUUGUUUAUAUACUCUAUAGAUGGUCACCAUCACCCCACUAGAAAAAAAAAAAAACUGUUGCUAGAGUUAAGAAUUCUAUGUAUUUGAUGUAAAUGACAUAUUUGUUACAAGAAAUACAUUCCUGAUGGCAAUAGCAGAGGGGGCAAAUUUGAGCCCAGUCCUUUGAACCACUGAUUUUACAAGUCUUGUAUGCUUUAGUAAGGUAAUGAUACUUUUAAUCACACAAUUUAAUGCGUGUAUAUGUACUCUAUCACUCCUUGUAGUGUGAAAAUGAUGACCUUGCUCUCAGAGUCUCUGCCUAAAUUCCAUGGAAGGAACAUCUUGCACACUGUGUGUCGUCUGCCUUGUUUUCCCAAUGACCUAUUAAACGAAGGUACUAAUAGCGCAGGUAUAUUUCCUAAAUACCGAAACAAUUCUAUGCAGUGAGUUUAAAGACACUUGUAUCCACCCAUGUGCUAAACCAUGUCACAUUGUACUAAAUUAAGUUGUACCUUUAUCAAAAUACAUUUUUCUUUACAGGACUUUUAUGUAUGUAUUUUUUUCAAUAUCUUCUUGUUACCAAAUCAGAAAAAUCUGUGCUAGUUAAUUUAACUCUGUAUCUAAAGUCCAAGAAUUUAGUGGUUUUAGGAUGGUUUAUGCAUUCUAUUUUAAUUUUAACCAAUUUCUGACAUUAUAUAUUUAUUAUUAUAAUUUGAUUUUUUUUAAGAGGAACUAAAAACAGUGGCAUAUUGUAAUAGCUACCUAAAUGUCAUGUCAUGUCUUGAGAAAAGUCCCAUAGAAGACUGAAACAUCAACACAUUUUCUGGUGUAUGAUUGCACAAUAAAACUUCAAGAUUUAUCUACAAAGUCCUGUAAGUGUGCCUUCCUUGAUACAUAUAUUUUGGCAUAAGUGAUUUGCACCCAGGCAAGGACAAGUCUGGGAGAGUGAGUGCUAGAUCCAUGCGUGUAUAUAUAUAUAUAUAUAUAUAUAUAUAUAAAGUAUUCAUAGAAAAGUGGCUGCACUCACGGUCUUAAGUAAAAUUCCAAAGCUUUAUUGUAUUCCAAAGCUUUAUUGUAGUAAACGAUCGACAUUUCAGUCCCACCAGAUGACUUUCCUCAGAAUCAAAGAUAUAUAAAUAUAUACUGCUUUAUAAUAUUAUUUAAAAGAGAAACGGUCACCUUGGUAACAAUGACAUAUUGUAAUAGCUACCUAAAUGUAAAUGUGUGUUCGUAAAGCAUUAUUCUUUUUUGUAAAUGUACCCAUAUCGGUUGCCAGGGCGCAGUCGUUAUGAACUAAUGGAAACCGUGCAAAAAUUUCUCAAACAAAGAAUUAAGGACGGAGAUAAACAAGCAGUGUUCCUCCUGGGUCAGAUGUAUUUCGAAGAGGUUGGUGAUUAUUUUUGUGCGUUUUGCAAUUUACACUAUGGUUUACAAAAUGAAAUAUUUUAAGAAGUAAAAAAAUUCAGGGUCAUCAGAAAAACAUGUAAAAGCAGGAUGAUUCACUACAUUGAGAAUUGUCAGGAAUUUAAAGUGAAUUUAAAGUCAAAAUAGCCAAAUUGAAAAAAAUCUCCAGGUCAGCUAUGCUUCCACUUCGACUACUUUGUCCUUUAAUUUAAAGUUUGCACUGAAUUCCUGAUAAUUUUCUAGAACUGCUACUUGGGAAUGAGACCAUAAUUUUCGUACGCAAUUCACACUCACACACCUUAGACCCCUCUUUCCCAAACACAUGGCCAUACCUUAUUAGCCAUUCAUAUUGCUCAUAUUGAGCCAGCCUUACUGUUUUCCACACACCGCUAAAUAACAACAUACUACAUAUUUAACUAAGCACUUGUUUACUGACUCACAUACGCUUACACACAGACACACACUUGCCAAUUUCAUUCAUUUGCUCCUUAUUCCCCUCUGUAAGCGAUGAGGAGGGAGUUAUUUUGCAGGGGACAUCCAGAGAUGCAGCACUUCUUAGAAACAAUGAUAGAAAGAAGACUCUCAGCUAUUAUUUACUCCUUGCUGUCUUUGUCUUGCAGGGGUGGUAUGAAGAUGCGUUGUCACUAUUUGAAAAAGUAAAAGAUGAGGAUUACCAGGCCUUAUAUCAAGCAGGAGUAAUGUAUUAUGAUGGCCUGGGAACCAAAGAAGACACUGUAUGUAGCAAGCUAUAGUUCUAUAAUAUAAUCGUAUUAAAUAUGUUAUAGUAGGAAACAAUGCAUUUAAUAAAAGACUAUUUUUAUUAUUACUAAUACUAUUGUAAACUCACCUCGAUUGAUAAUUUCUGUUCUGUAGGACAGGAAAAUUUAAAGUGGACUUUCUCACUAAACCAGGAAUUGCCCAUUGUUGGCCAAAUUAGCCAAAUGCAAAUACAAAUAAAAUUAAAUGUAUCUGCUUUUAUAACUCGGCUACUUUGGCAUACAUAUUUAAUUUCCUUGUCAAUAAUCCAUUUAUUGGGUCAAAUAACCCAGAGAGGACAAUUAAAGAAACACUCCUGGCAGCUUAUAUGAGCUACUUGUGGAGCCAAAGUCUGUUUUUUGCAUUUUCAGAGAAGUGAGCUUAUAUAUGGGUGCUAGUCACUUCUGUAAGCACCUUUGACUGGUAGCUUCUGUUUAGGAUCUGACUGAGAGUGAAUCAAAGUACAGUUAUUAUUCUCUUUGUGAAACUUCAAGGCAGUUCAGGGAUCCAAUGGCAUCACCAUUUCCUAUACUCUCUCCGCCUCAACACUGGAAAUUAAGCCUUUUCCAGUAACAUUUAGUUCACACAGCAAAGGAUGCGUAAUAUUUUACAAAAUGAAGGAGGCAAAGUCAUGGAGUGUGUGUGUAUGUGUAUGUGUAUAUAUAUAUAUAUAUAUAUACACAUAUAUAUAAUAUAAUAUAAUCUCUGUGUACGUAUGUCUUGUGAUAAUGUUUAUAUUUAAUCAGUGGAGGCUAUUCUAUAGGCAGGUCCGGUGCUAGACUAUUUUGUGCCCUAGGCAAGACCAACUACUUGCAUCCCCCAAAAACGAAAAUCGCCAACUUGUGUGUCUUUUUUUCCCCCUCUUCACCUUCCCCUUUGUGUGUCUCUUACUCCCCAACACCUUUGUGUGUCUCUUACUCCCCCAGCUCUUUUGUGUAUCUCUCCCCCUCAGACCCUCUGUGUGUGUCACUGUCCCCUCCCCAAGCCCUUCUAUGUGUCUCUAUGACUCCCCCACCCCACCCCCACACAGUCUCUUCCCCUUACUGGUUUACCUUCAUGUAGCAUGGCUGAGCAGACUGCGGUAGAGGAUCUUCUAUUUCCUUUACUCAGUCUAGUAUGAAGUGCUUAAUGAGAGCAGCAAGCAGCUUCCUGUCAGACCGGGUAGCGAAUACAGAAGGUCCUCUACUGAAGUCCACUCGGCCAUGCUACAUGCAGUGACAGGCAGGAGGGGGAGCGUUGUGCAGUGCGCUCCAUUCCUGCUGGUUACCUGGAGAUUGUGUCGCCUUGGCCUUUACCCUAGACGGCUGCCUAUAGGGAGAGGUUGGCAGCACCACACCCCACACAACCCCCAGUUUUUGUUUUGCUUGGUGGAAAUGACUAUAAAACAGACGAAUCUCAACUUCUGUUUUUAAUGGAAGUAGAAGUAUUAAUAUUUAUAUAGUACUAACAUAUUCUGCAGCACAUUACAAUUAUAAAGUGGGGGUUUAACGGCACUAGGAAAAAUAUUAAGAUUAUUGAUGACACUGCUCAAAUCUCUUAUGUAUAAUGGUGCAACAUCAUCCCAUGUUGUCAUGCCUGGCCAUUUUAUUUCCAUAAUAUUAUCUGUGUCCAUGCACAAUCAGGUCUCUUUCCAUUGAUUUCAUUUGCAGGCAAAACCUUCCAAAGAGAUUAGAGGAGUGAUGCUGUGAGUCGUAGAUUUCCAUUUAUCCUAUUAGCAUUAAUGGUUUCAAUGUAGAAUAUGUAGUCGAACAUAUUAGGCUGUUCCCAAAGGUCAGUGACUGGAGCUAAAAAGAAGUAAUCUAGAUGGAACAUAGCAUCUCUGGGUGAAGAGGGUUAACUCGACAAUUACCAGAACUAAACAAAACAUCUGUUAGUGUUUUCAUCAAGUAGGAAUUGUUUUAAGAAAAUAACAAUCAGCAAUAAAUGAAAGUCUAGAGCAUUGUAUUUUGUAUUUGAAUCGUUUCCAUGUAUUCGUUCUUCUUUACAAGUUUGCAUUUUGCUUUUUUCAGGGAAAAGGGGUAGAAUGCAUGAAAAGAAUACUGUCAUCAAACAACAGAAGAGCUAGUCAUCUAAAAUAUGCUGCAGCGUACAAUUUAGGACGCGCAUGCUUUGAAGGAUAUGGGAUGCCCCAUUCUGAUGCAGAAGCAGAGAGGUAAUGAUUAUUGUGACCAUACUUGUAUAAAUAGUAUGAUCUAAUAUACAGGUAAAAAUAUAUUUGUCAAGAUUAAAAUAGGGGUUUUCCUCCUAUCUCUCCAUCGAUCUGUGUUUUUCAUGGCAGGUAUUGGCUUAUCGCUGCGGACAAUGGCAAUCCGGAAGCAAGUAUUCAUGCACAGACUGCCCUGGGGAUGUAUUAUUCAAGACCUUCAAACAAAGAUCUACAAAAGGUAGACAGAUAAAACUCAAGUCUAGUAUUUAUGCAGAUAUAUAUAUAUUUAUGAGGGUUUUUAUUUUCAUUUCUUUUUACUUAUUUUUUCCUUCCGUUGCUGAACCUUGCUGCCUGGAUUUUGACUACUGUACUGUCUGACCUCGCUCUUGUCGGAUUUGUUUGCCCCGGAUUUUUGUUUAUUAUUUUAUUUUUUGCUAGUACAAGUCUGCACUUUGAGUUUCAUAUCACGCAACCUGACCAUUUUUAUAAUAAAAGGUUAAGCUGCUAUUGUCCUAUUGUCUCCUUUCCAUUUGCUAAUUUUUAUUCUCUCAUUCUUUAUUAAAGGGACACUAAAGCCACCCAGACUACUUUAUCUCAAUUAAGUGCUCUGGGUGCAGUGGCCCUGUUCCUUUAACCCUGCAAUGUAAACAACAUGUUUACAUUGCAGGGUUAGUGGCUGUUUUACUAACAGCCACUAGAGGUGCUUCCAGUACACUGACCGAGUAAAAACAGUCACAUGACACGGAAGCUCACAGGACGGCAAUGAAUGCAGUUCUUUCCAAUGGGGAAGCUUGGAUGCUGGUGCAGCACUGUCAUUGGGUUGGACCAUCCAUGGAGGAGGCCAUGUUUCUUCAAUUAUGUUGCGGGAAGCAGAGAAGAUAGCAGUGCAGAGAGAGUCUUAGUGCUUGACAAAUGUAAGCAAAAACCUUUUUUUUUCAUAACUUUUUUUGAAGGGGGGUGGACACCUAUAUCUAACUUGAGACAGGGAUAGUGUUGGGAAUACAGCUUUCUAUUCCCAAUGCUAUGGUGUCCCUUUAAAGAAUAUUUCUUAAUGCAAGUACAGAGAAUGAGGAAAAAACAGCAAACCUCCCUCAUAUGUUAAGCAAGGCUUACAAACGUUAAAACAUUUCUGCAGCAAUAUAUGACAAGUUUAGUAACUCAUUAUUGACAUAAUCUGAUGUAAGAAAGGAAGGAAAGGAAACUGAAAUAAAUGGAAAGGAGGAGAGAGAUGGAGAAAAAAGGGGGAGAGUGUUAAGUGGGAAAGGGUAAGUAAGUGGAUAUGCAGCAGGAAUUUGUGGAGCCUGCCUAGUAGAGUCCAUCCAGAACUUCUAUAUAUAUCCAUAUAUCCACAUAUACUGCAUCCUUCCAAGGAUGCUGCCAUGGCUUCCAUCGGGCUGAAAUUUUCUACUCUGUCCAUCCACUGCUGAAAAGAAAGGACAUUCAUACAUCUCCAAAGGACCGGGAUCAUCAUUAAAAAUAUUGGAAAUGAGGCUCCACAGAGUAAAAACACUUCUGGUCUGAGCUGAGGGGCACUUCCCAGAAUCGUCUCAAGUUUAGAAUGAACCGAUCACCAAAAUGGAGACAUUAUGGACAGGACCACCAAAUUUAGAGAGUUUACCCAUCUCCUUCCCGGCAAUAAUAAAUCGUGUAUACUUGUUGGAGAUUCCAAACUCCGUGUAGCAUAGGUGCAGGCUUCCAAUGUUACUCUCCAAACACUUUCCCAAAGUAAAAAGAAUAAUGGAACCGCUUGGCAAAGACACUGCAUGUGUCGCAACAUUGCUGGGUCCACUUAGUGGAGGAAUACAUCUUCAUUUGGUUAUGUUGUAGUGCUGCUACUCCAUAUUGUUUUUCCUUCCCGGCAUUGCUAGCAUUCUUCUGAUUAGCCUGGAGUUUGCAAUAGGUUCUCCAUUCCGGUCCUCUUACUUUAUUUUAAAGGAAAGUGCACUUGGGAACAACUUUAACACGGAACACAUGGUGAAUACAUCCUGAAAAUGUGUUGCCCUGAAUCAUGUAUGAAGUCAAAUUGUUUCAUUAAUUCCAUAUCAGUGUAUAAAUUCGCUGUAGAAAUGUGUUGUUACCGGCCUGUUCCUCUGAACAGUUUCUGGUGAAAAUGUCACACUGGAGCUGAAAGGUCAAAUAUUCACUAAAUAAUAAUUGAUUUUCAUGGCUGGCUUCUCUACAUUCACAUUACGUUUUCAGACUGAAAUAACCAGACGUGCUCGAAACUACAGCAGCUUUGUAUUGCUAUCAUACUAUUGUACAGGGUGGGCCACAAUUCAGGGAAGGGUUUCAGGAGUCAAUAACUUUUUUUAUUAAUGAACCAAUUUCAAUAAUAUUACAUACAAUGAAUGCUUAAUGUAUGGAGAUUUGUUUGACUAGGUAUGGAAUAUGACAUCUGUUAGAUGAGCUCCAUUUGCCACCUCAGUCAAACUCUUUUGAUUGUAUUUUUUAUAACAUUGAUUAAUGUUUGAGGCUCGAGCACUCAAAUUUCUGCACAGAUAUUCUCCUUGAGCUGCUCAAGUGUACCCAGUGUACCCGCUCCAUAGGAAGUAAUUGGGAGGUGAAAGAUCGGGCGAACGUGGCAGCAAAUUAAUCUGUGAUUUCAUGAAAUUAGCCGCUUGCCGAACAGUUGUCUCAGGGUGCCCAUUGUGACCCUGGCUGUAUGGGCAGUAGCCCCAUCUUGGCAAAACUUAUUUUCAGGAUAAUUUUCCACUAUAGGACAUAACAUUUUUUUCAAUCAUAUCCCGAUAUCUCACUGGUGUGUAAUUUAGUGGUUUUGGUGCAUAGAUGGCUCCCUUUUCUCUGUGAAACAUUAAUUAUAAGGUCACUGUGUAGUUUGCAAAUUAUUGCAUGUGUAUUCUCUGCACAAGACCUAUACAACUGGUUAAGCAGACACGGCUAUUACAAGUCGUGCUAAACAGUCUCAGCAGUAGCAUACGAUCACUGCCAAAUGCGGAGGAUUGUACACUUAUUCACUAAAUCACCACUGGAUGGCGAUAAUGUUUAACAGUAAUGAAACUUAAAAAUGAAGAUUAGGUAUUUUUGGAAGGCAUAAAAAUAAUGGCUGUGUCAAAAACAAACCAUAGCCAUUUUUGUUCAAAUGGAGGCAUUGAGGGGUUGAGCCCAGCGUUGGAUAACACUGGUGACCAGUCCUAAUCCCAAACGUUAAUGCCUAUCCAUAACUUUAUAUCCUCACUCUACUCUUAACAUUCUUCUAUUUUACCUACUCCUUACAACUCAACCAAUGGCAAUGGCCAACAUGAUUGCUCUCAAUUAGGCAGUAGGCAAAACAAUUGCAAUCAGAUUAACAGGCACGGUAAGAAUGGCUUAUUUAAUGUGACAGACAGGGUUACUGUACAUGAAAGGUUUGGGGAUCAUUACCAAUAGGGAGUCAGGAUAGUGUCCGUAACCUUACACAGUUACUGAGUGUAAGUAACCUUUCUCUUAUAGUGUUACAAUUCUGCCCAGCCAAAAUGUGUAAUAAACUUGGAAUAUGUAACAGAUUGAUCCGUGGAGUGCAGUGUCUGGUAAGAUUGUCUUUAAACUGUUUACACUGUCUUUUCAGGCCUUUUCCUGGCAUUCUGAAGCUUGCGGUAACGGAAGUUUGGAGUCCCAAGGUGCACUGGGUGUCAUGUAUCUCCAUGGAAUAGGAACAAAGAAAGAUCUUGAGUCGUCCAUUGAGUGCUUUAAGGAGGCAGCAGAGCGUGGCAAUAUAUAUGCUCAAGGACAGCUGGUAGCUUGCUACUAUCACCGGAAACUUUAUACAAUAGCAGUUGAACUGGCCAAACGGUAAGAUAACAUGUUGCGCAUACACAACGUUUGAUGUGUUGUUUUUUUUGUUUUGUUUUUUUUUACGUCACUCAUUGCAGGUUUGCUCCCAGGUUUUGAUUGUUACCAACUUUCCAGGUUACAAUAUAUUCCUAAACAAAUACCCAACUAAUUCAUAUGUAUAAAAUGGCUUUAUGUUAUUGCUAAGUCUGUGUUUACUAAUGCAUCACAUAUCUAAUGCAGAAGGAGCCGUUCAUAGUUGGAGAGGUUUGACAAAAUCCAAGCACUUGUGAGUUUUCUAUAUAUUUUCCUUGUGCCUUUUGUCAUGUGAGUGCAUGUAGUGCAAUCUCAGGAGGUUUAUUCACUAAACUGUGAGUUGACAAUGCCUUGCACAAUUGAAAUCAAAAUUGCUGAGGUAGAGGGAAGCAAUCUCCAAAUGACCUUUUCUGUUUCAAUCUUACUGUGUCCAAAUAAACAAUGUGUAAUUUUAUUAGGAAAAGCCUUAUCUUUAUUUGUGUUGAAAGCUUGAAGAGACUCUUAAAAGCUUUGUAUUCUAUAUGUAAGUUAUGUAAGAAAUAUCUCAGAUAAACUAUACAGGUAUUACACAUGGCCUGUUUUAUUCAGCACCAUGGACAGGGAAGCUCACAUUGUGUUAACUAAACAUCAUAGGAUAUGUAGUUCACAAACCUCUGCACUGCCAAGGUGAGGCAUUACAGUGUAAUGGAAAAUACAGGAAUAUUAAAUCAUAUUGGAAAUGAGAACUUACUAGAGCUUAUCUCCCAUUGAAAGAGUAUAUUUUCCCCAUAGGCAUGUCCAAAGCACGUGUGAAAGGCCUUUCAUAUAUUUGUUUAAAAUCCGAAUUUAUUUAAGAAUAGACAAUAGGCUUUGGCACAACAUCAGAUAUGGGGCAGUUCAUUUGCAGUUGCAUUAAAAUACUGUACAUGGUCUGAUGUUAACUGAGUAAAUUUAGGAGCUUCAAUAAUCCUGGGGCUUCCAUACCCCAAACAUACGGAACAUUCAGCAUUAAGAAAUAAAAGUAAUACUUUAGACUGUAUUUAGAUCUGUGAUGUGCCGUGCAUAAAGGCUGAGCCAUACCAAAGCCGCAAGGGGUUUAUUUAUUUGAUGCCUUCUCCAGAAUCACCCAGAGCGUGGCGGGUUUCUUCAGACUCCAGGCCACCACUCUAGAAGGAUGCAAGACUGCAUAGUACAUUCCCAUACCUAGAAGAGAUAACCCACCACCACACAUGUUAUGGCAAAUGUAAUUGGGAAUACCAAAUCCUCUUGGAUUCAUGUCCCCAAAUGUAUCAAGCAUACAGUCAUGGGAAAAAGAGAGCACACCCUCUUUGAAUUUUAUGGUUUUACAUUUCAGGACAUAAUUACAAUCAUCUGUUCCUUAGCAGGUCUUAAAAUUAAAUAAAUACAACCUUAGAUGAACAACAACACAUGACAUAUUAUACCGUGCCUUGAUUUAUUUAACAAAAAUUAAUCCAAAAUGGAGAAGCCAUGUGUGAAAAACUAAGUACACCUUAUCAGGUGUUUGCAGAUAUGCCAAGUUUGGUUUUUGACAAACGUGCAGCUGUGUAUUAUGGCCAAACAUCUCCACUUUGGUCUCAUCUGUCCAAAGGACAUUGUUCCAGAAGUCUUGUGGUUUUUUUCAGAUGCAACUUUGCAAACCUAAGCCAUGCUGCCAUGUUCUUUUUAUAGAGAAGAGGCUUUCUUCUGGCAACCCUUCCAAGCAAACCAUACUUGUUCAGUGUUUUUUUUUUUUUUAGUUGUACUGACAUGAACUUUAACAUUUAAGAUGCAAACUGAGGCCUGUAGAGUCUUGCUAAAACUCUUGUUUUUUUUUUUGCAAUUUCUUGGAGUGAAUAUACUGGAACUUUCUCCUUUGCAGCUGUCUUCCACUUUUGAAUAAUUUUUAUCACUGUAGAAUGAUGGACUUUAAAUUGUUUGGAAAUUGUGUUAUAACCCUUUUCAGUUUGAUGGGAAGCAACAAUUCCUUCUCUAAGAUCAUUGCUGAAGUGGUGUAUCCUGGUUUUGUGCUGCCCUAGGCAUGACAAAACUCAGGCGCCCCCUGCACCACCCCACCCUUCCCCCCCUGCCCCACCUUCUAAAUACACACACACACACACACACACACACUCACACUCACUGACAGACACGCAUACACUAGCUAAAAGACAUACACCGUCACUAGCAGACACAUACAUUCACUAACAGACACGCAUACACUCUCACUACAGACACACACAUAGUAACACACUCCCUGACAAACACACACUCACUAACAGACACACACUAACAGACACACACACACACACACACACAGUAACAGACACACACACUCACUUUUUUUUUUAAAUUUAACCCCCCAGCCUCCUUACCUUUGGGAAUGCUGGGGGGGUUCUCCAUUUCUCUGGGGUCCAGUGGCUGGCGAGGGAGCACUUUCCCCUGAGCUCUCUGCUCAGCUCCCUCGUGUGCUGAAGAGUGAUGCUGGGAGCCGGAUUUUUAGUUAGCUGCCAGGCUAACAAGAUAUUUGCCCUGGGCAUUUGGGAGUCGCCCCCUGGAAAGUGCCGCCCAAGGCAAAGGCCUUGUUUGCCUCGCGGCUAAUACGUCCCUGCAUUGCUGAUGUAUUUCCUCCUUGGCAUUGUGUUAACAUAUGCCUGAAUGUCCCAGACCAACAAACUGCUAAAACUCUGGCCUUUAUAGAGGUGGUCACACUUGCUAAUGAUCAAUUAAUUAAGAGCAUUUGAUUAGCAGCACCUGUCUCCUACUAAGCCUCUUAAUUCCAAUGGAAGCAGUAAGGGUGUGUUUUUCCACACAUGGCUUCUCCAUUUUGGCUUUAUUUUUGUUAAAAUAUUCAUGACACUGUAUAAUAUGUCAUGUGUUGUGUUGUUGUUCAUCUGAGGAACAGAUGAUUGUUAAUAUUAUGUUCUGAUAUGUGAAACCAUAGAAUUCAAAAAGCAUGUACUUUAUUUUUCCCAUGACUGUAGCUCCUUGAAAAAAUGUUGGGAAUCUGAAUUGGGGAAGAUAUGGGGGAGGGGGAGGGAGGGGGUGUAUGGUCAUCAUAACUGAAAAGUAUGGUCAUCAUAACUGAAUUAGUAUGGCCCAACCAGGGCAGCGGCUUCCCAUUACAAUCCUGAAGCUCUUGGUGCAGUUGGACUAAGAAAUGGGGAAAAAAUGAAUUGAAAAAGCUGGGAUAAAGAAGAGGUGAGCAUAUAGCAAGGUACUUUAUUUUAUAUUGGCACCACAGGAACAGAAAAGAACUCUGAAGCUGUGGAAUCGCUGAACAGGGUAUAGAUAGUAAGAGUGCCAAAACUGAAUCUCCUCCAUCAAAGUGUGUAAGGAAAUCUCAGGGGAGGACAAAGUGAACAGGAAGUCAUCCAGAUCUGCUGUCAUUUUAUGGUGAGAAAAAAUGGCCCCAAGGGGAGAGCAAAUAGGAGUGGUGAUUGAGGGUACCCUUUUCUGUCCAUGCCAUUUAUAAUAACAAAGGGUCCAUAAGUGCCCUAUAUUUAUACAGAGGCAGUCCAAGGGAGUUGAAUACAGCUCUGCUCUCCAGGAAACAAAAAAAAAAAAAAGAACAAAGCUAAAUGACUAAUAUUACAUGCACGAAACCCCAGUCCACCAUUUCAAAUGCCUUGUCAGCAUCUGUAGGCAGAAGUAGAACUGGGGCAUCAGAGGCCCUAGCUACAUGAAUUAGGUCAAGAGCUCUGAUUAUGUUUCCCCCUUACCUCACCACAAGCAUAAAGCCAGAUUGAUCUAGGUGGAACAUUUUCUUGCAUUGCCUUCCUCUUUUCCAUAUUUAAUCUAUGAUUAACCAUUCAAAUUUGAGCAGAGCCCAUUUCAAUUGAACAUGAAUAGAAAUUCAUAUACAUAUCAAGGCAAACAGAAAUUUGGGCAGAAUCCCAAGAGUAGCAAUCACAACAUAAACCAAGCAAAACAGCAGGAAUAUUCCAUUGAUUUCCUAUGUGAAUUCUAUUUCAUUUAGAAUAAAAGUAGAUCUGCUGAUUGUGCUAAAUAAGAACUUUUUUAAUUGCUCCCUCUAUGUGAGCUUUCAUUCAAUAACCUAUUUUAUAGAGGGUUCCAGGAGAAGUAACUACCCCAAAACUAGUAGCAUUCACCAGGAACUUCCAAUUCUUUUACACGGCAGAAAUGUUUUAAUCGUAGGAUAAUUAACUGCUUUUAUAGAAUGUAUGAAUCAUCCAUGUUAAAAACAUAUAAUGCAAGAAUUAGAUUUUUCUGUUCAGAUAAGUGCUUCCCAUUAGCAGUUUGCAAGCUAUUAUGGUGUUAAGCACAGUUAUUUGAAUGGAGAUGUAAUGUGAUCAGUGUAACAUUUCAUUAUAAAUAUUGUGCUAUACAUAAAAUAUGAAAUCCAUAUUGAAUGAUAAAUGAGAGCAGGCUCCCUUGGUGUAGUGGUUCUUAACCUUUAUUGACAAAGAGACAUUUAAAAUUUGUGCACACACACAUACAGUGCCUUGCAAAAGUAUUCACCCCCUUGGCAAUUUUUGUGUUUUGUUGCCUCACAACCUGGAAUUAACAUGGAUUGUUUGAUUCACAAAACAUUUACAGAACAUGCCCAAAACUUUGAAGAUUUUGUAAAAAUUUUUUAUUGUGAAGCAAACAUCAAAUAGGACAAAAUAACAGAAAAAAGUCAAUGUGCUUAACUAUUCACCCCCCUAAAGUCAAUACUUUGUAGAGCCACCUUUUGCGGCAAUCACAUCUCCAAGUCGCUUUGGAUAAGUCUCUAUGAGCUUGCCACUGGGAUUUUUGUCCAUUCCUCCUUGCAAAACUGCUCCAGCUCCAACCUGGCAGGAGGAGAGGAAAGCUAAAGCACAGAUAGGAAACACAAACCGCUUAAGGGGACGGAUAUAAAUUGGCACAAACCUUUCAAAAGCUUGCUGCCUGUACUAGGUGCAGUACCUGUCCCACUACUGUUUUCAGUGAACUUGAAACUACUGUUCUCGCUGAUUGCGAGUCUUAUCGCGGUAACCAGCCAACACAAUAAACUCCUCAAACAUACUGCCAUUGUAUAUAGUUGUAUUUGUUUGACAACAUACAAGAAAAAUCCUGAUGACAACCGCAACUAGGUCGCACACUGUACACCUAAUGACUGUACUAACGGCUUAAAUUUGCUUUCUGUAACCUGUAACUUGUCAUUAUGUUACCACAGCCUCAUCUAAACCUAUGUCACUGUAUCAUUGCUUGUCUAUUGGAGCAAAAAAUAAAGAAUUUAAAAACAAAAAGAAAAAAACGCUCCUGCUCCUUCAAGUUGGAUGGUUUGCACUUUUGAACAGCAAUCUUUAAGUCUGACCACAGAUUUUCUAUUGGAUUGAGGUCUGGGCUUUGACUAGGCCAUUCCAACACAUUUACAUGUUUCCCCUUAAACCACUCAAGUGUUGCUUUAGCAGUGUGUUUGGGGUUAUUGUCCUGCUGGAAGGUGAACCUCUGUCCUUGCCUCAAAUCACACACAGAGUGGUACAGGUUUUGCCCUAGAAUAUUCCUGUGUUUAGUACCAUCCAUCUUUCCCUCAACUCUGGCCAGUUUCCCAGUCCCGGCUGCUGAAAAACAUCCCCACAGCAUGAUGCUGCCACCACCAUGUUUCACUGUGGGGAUGGUGUUCUUUGGGUGAUGUGAUGUGUUGGAUUUGCGCCAGACAUAGCGUUUUCUUUGAUGGCCGAAAAGUUAAAUUUUAGUCUCAUCAGACCAGAGCACCUUCCUCCAUACAUUUUGGGAGUCUCCCGCCUUUUUGCAAACUCAAAACGUGCCAUUUUGUUUUUUGCUGAAAUUAAUAGGUUUCUUCUGUCCACUCUGCCAUAAAGCCCAACUCUAUGGAGCGUACGGCUUCUUGUCGUCCUAUGUACAGAUACUCCAGUCUCUGCUGUGGAACUCUGCAGCUCCUCCAGGGUUACCUUAGGUCUCUGUGCUGCCUCUCUGAUUAAUGCCCUCCUUGCCCAGUCCGUGAGUUUUGGUGGGCGGCCGUGUCUUGGCAGGUUUGCUGUUGUGCCAUAUUCUUUCCAUUUGGUUAUGAUAGAUUUGGUGGUGCUCCUGGGGAUCAUCAAAGAUUUGGAUAUUUUUUUAUAACCUAACCCUUGUACUUUUCAAAAACAUUGUCCCUUACUUGUUUGGAGAGUUCCUUGGUCUUCAUGACAGUGUUUGGUUAGUGGUGCCUCUUGCUUAGGUGUUGCAACCUCUGGGACCUUUUAAAAAAAGGUGUGUAUAUGUAAUGACAGAUCAUGUGACACUUUGAUUGCACACAGGUGGACAUCAUUUCACAAAUUAUGUGACUUCUGAAGGUAAUUGGUUGCACCAGAGCUUUUUAUGUUCUUCAUAACAAAGGGGGUGAAUACAUACGCACAUGCCAAUUUUCUGUUUUCUAUUUCUAAAAAAUAGUUUUAUGUAUAUAUUUUUUUCAUUUCACUUCACCAACUUAGACUAUUGUGUUCUGAUCCAUCACAUAAAAUUCAGAUUAAUAAAACCUUGUAAUAAAAUAGGUAAAAAGUCAAGGGGGGUGAAUACUUUCGCAAGGCACUGUACAUCUCCAUCUUCAUAGAUCUAUAUGGUUUAAAGUUGGCAACCCAUUACAUAUGUAAAGUUUCCUUAGUGACCCAGUUAUCAACAUGUCAUUAAUAGCAAUUGCAAAUGUCUAAAUCCAGGGCUGUAUGCGAACUUGUGCUUCUAUACUAUUCCAAAAUUGACAGAUUAUGUAAUGUGCACUCCCAUAACUGACAAGGCUCUCUUCCAAUAUCAUUUUUGCUGUAUGUGAUAGGGUUGUAGUGUAUGAGAACAUUGAUCAGCUAGCAAAGGCAACAGAUUGCAUCCCCUUAUUCGCAAGAAAAGGCGUUGCCAUGGCCACGUUCUACUUGGCUAGAUGUCUUCAGCUUGGUUUGGGCAUAAAACAAGAUGAAGCAUCUGCUAGACAAUAUUACUCCAAGGUAAGUGUCCAUAUGGGUCUUCUGGAGAUAUUCAAUUUUAUUUUGUACAUCAACAAAAUGCUUCCUAAAUACUUAACUUGUGAAUGUUUGUUGGUGGGCACUUGUUUUAGUAGCUGUAUUUCUGUCUCCUUUAAUAUUCAGGGACAGUUUUACAGUAAUAUUGUUAGCCGUUAAAGGCGUAUUAGACUUUAACCCCUUAGUGACCGUGGACGAACAGGGUACGUCAGACAAAAAAACGUCAUUAACAACCGCUGACGUACCCUAAUGAUCGCUUCCAGACGCUCUAAGGGUAUUGCAGUGAUGCCCCCCUUCACCGCCAGGCCGCCAGUUGACCCCUCCAACGAAGUGAUCACUUCCAUGUUGCUCCAUGUGGCGCCAGGUAUUCCUAUUCACUUACCCGAUCACCGCUGUUCCCCCGCUGGUGAUCAGCCUUCUUCUCCACUGGGGGCACUGUCUGACAACCCAGACAGUCCCCCCUCUGCAAAAAAGGACCCCAAGGGCCAUGUGAUCGCUCUGAAAGAGCGGUCACAUGGCCGCAACAGGCGUCCAUAGUGUUGCCUGCAGCUGACAGGCAGUCCCCCUGCUGGUGAAAAGUAAAAAAAAAAUUAAAAAAAAAUGUUUAAAUAAAAAAAUAAAGUUAAUAAAUGUAAAUAAAAAAAAUAUACAUAUAUAAAACCUCAUACUAAGUGUAUUUUGUUUAUUAAUAUAUAGACAUAAAAAUACACUUGGAGUAAAACUACACAUGUGUGUGUGUGUGUGUGUGUGUGUGUGUGUGUGUGUAUAUAUAUAUUAGAAGAAAUCAUUAAAAAUAAAGAAAAUGUAAAAAUAAUUAAAAAUAAAAAUAAAAAAUACAUAUAUAUAUAUAUAUAUAAUUCGGGACUUCGGCACGUUUUCGACACUUCGGAACUUUGGCAUUUCGGAACUUCUCUUGCAGCCGCUUAAUAGAUAACUCCCUAGUUCCCACGGUAUUAGUGAGUUUUCUACCAAAAGGCUGAAAGACCUAAAUUGGUCUUUCAGCCACAUUUACUAAUACUAAGUAAAAAUUACUUCGUAUUAGUAAUCACUCUCUGAUUGGUUACUUUCAAUCCACCAAUCAGAGUGUUGUUAUGAGUAAAAUUACACAGCGUGGGAAAAUUCCAAAGAACUUUCCCACGCUGUGUAAAAUGACACAGAGCACUCUGAUUGGUGGAUUUCAAACCAACCAAUCAGAGUGCUGUGACAGGUAAAUGUAGAGACUUACCUUAAUGGCUUAUGGCUUAAACCCACCAGAGUGUUCUGAGCCUAAUUGCAGGGCGGGGCAAGGCUUUAUAAGCCUUCCUCCGCCCUGCGGAGCUCAGCCUGCGUGGAGCCCUCCAUGGGUGAACAUGGAUUAUUUUUUUUUCUUCUUCAAAGUGCGUCGGUUAUUAUGGAUUUUUUGGGGCCUUUUUUGGGGUUGAAAAAAGAUUUUAGAAGAAAGAAGACAUCAAAUGGUAAAUUUUUAGGUAUCUAGUUUAUGGCCCUCCCCCCUCAUUUUUAGGUAGAGGUUAUUUUUUUUAGGGGGGUGACUAGGGGUUUGGGGACCCCUAGUCACCUUGGUAGGGGGUUAAUUUUUUAUUUAGGGUACCCACCCGCUGCUCAGGGGUGGAGGACAAUUUAGGGCCCUCAACCGCCACUCAGGGGUGGGGGCCAGGUGGAGACAAUAGGUCCCCCCCUUUAUUGAUAUUUAGGACACCCACCCACCGCUCAGGGGUAGGGGGGCGGACAAUAGGUCCCCCCCUUAUUCUUUUUUAGAGCCCCCACCCGCCGCUCAGGGGUGGGGUCCAGGGGGGAGGACAAUAGGUCCCCCCUUAUUCUAAUUUAGGGCCCCCACCCACCGCUCAGGGGUGGGAGGACAAUUUUUUUUUUUUUUUUACAGUGAGCAGCCACAGGCCGUGGGAAUUAGGGAGUUAUCUACUUAUUCAUUCCUGUCAUUCCAUUGACUGGCUAAGUAACUUAUAUUUUAUAUGAAUGUAUGUUACUUGAAGUGUUGCAAAUGCUUACAGCUGAAUCCUGGCUAUGUUUGUAUACUUUUUAUUUAAACUUGUAUACAGUGUAACAUUCUUCAUUCUUCCACUGGGUAGGCAUUUUAGUACUUCGGCAAUACUGUGCUUUGGCACUUCGCAACUUUCAGAACUUCGGCAAUUCAGCUAUUUUGAUGUAUCCGUAUGUCCGAAAUUCGUCUGAAUUGCCAUUCGUGAAUAUAUAUAUAUGUCUAAUAUAUAUAUAAAAAAUUUUAUAACUAUUUUGAUAUAUAUAUAUCUAUGUAUAUAGAAAUAAAAAUACAAAAUAUACAAAUUUACACAAAUAAUUUCAUAAAUAUACACGUAGACUUCAAAUAUAUUAAUAUGUACAUAUAUUUAAAUUCUAUGUGCAUGUUUAUGUAAUAUUUUUACAUAAUUAAGUAAUUUUAUUGAUUACAAUUUGGGGGACCUGCCUGACAUCCCAGGCCGCAUGUCCAGAGAAUUUACUUUGCUAGCACUAUAUUUAACCCUGUAACUUUCCAAGACACCCUAAAACCUGUACAUGGGGGCUACUGUUUUACUCGGUAGACUUCGCUGAACACAAAUAUUUCAAAACAGUAAAACAUAUCACAGCGAUGAUAUUGUCAGUGAAAGUGAUUUUUUUUUUUUUGCAUUUUUCACACACAAAUGUCACUUUUACUGAUGAUAUUGUGAUACGUUUUACUACUUUUAAACACUGUUUGUGUUCAGCGAAGUCUCCCAGGUAUAACAGUUCCCCUAUGUACAGGUUUUAUAGUGUUUUUGAUAUUUACAGGGUCAAAUAUAAGGCUUGAUUUUCUUUUUUUUCACAUUGAAAUUUGCCAUAUUGGUUAUGUUGCCUUUGAGAGUGCAUGGUAGCCCAGAAUAGAGAAUUACCCCCAUGAUGGCAUACAAUUUGAAAAAGAAGAAAUCCCAAGGUAUUGCAAAUAGUAUGUUCAGUCUUUUUUAGUAGCCACUUAGUCACAAACACUGGCGAAAGUUAGCGUUCAUAAUUGUGUUUUGCUUUUUUAACACACAAACAAAUAUGAACCCUAACUUUGGCCAGUGUUUGUGACUAAGUGGCUACUAAAAGAGACUGGACAUACCCCACAGUGAAUACCCUAGGUUGUCUACUUUAAAAAAAUAUGUACAUGUGAGGUGUGAUUCAGAGAUUUAUGACAGAGAACAGUGUUACAAUGUCACUAUUGAUAAAUAUUAAAAAUAUAUAUUCUGAAACAGCAAUGUUCUUCUUGUACUUAUAGCCCUAUAACUUGCACAAAAAAAAGAACAUGUUAACAUUGGGAAUUUCUAAACUUAGGACAAAAUUUUGAAACUAUUUAGCACGUGUUUUUGGCGGUUGUAGAUGCUUAACAGAUUUUGGGGGUCAAAGUGUGAAAAAGUGUUUUUUAUUUUUUCAUAGUAAAUUAUAAGAUAUAUGAUGAAAAUAAUGGUAUCUUUAGAAAGACCAUUUAAGGGUGAGAAAAACUCUAUAUAAUAUGUAUGGGUACAGUAAAUGAGUAAGAGGAAAAUUACAGCUAAACACAAACACAGCAGAAAUGUAAAAACAGCCCUGGUCCCAAACGGUAAGAAAAUUUAAAAGAGGUCUGGUCACUAAGGUGUUAAAUUUGUGAUAUAUGUUAACAGGAACUUGGUCCAUCAGUGCGGAAAGCAACAAGAUAUCACUAGUUGUUAUGGUGACAGUUCCACUUAUGGAACAUUGCUUGCACAUAAUUGAAAGUGUUCUACUGAGGGCUGUGAAGAGCUGUCUGUACAUGUAAACAUUUGGUUAUAAUAGCUGCUUGAACUAAUAUGCAUUCUAAGUUACAGAUCAGGUAAUUUUACAGAAAGCUUGGCUGUAGGCUCCUGUUUCAGCCCCUACUAAAGUUGGAAAUCUAUUUUCUUCUACACAUCCCACUUCGCGGUGGGAUGAUCAUGAAAAUGUAUAAUCUGAUAGGCAGAAUUCAUUAAAGGAACACUCCAAGCACCAGUGCCUGGGCUUAGUUCAGAAGAGCCAAUGGAAGUUCCAGCGUUAGUGGAGGCAGGGAAUGGCGCCCCCCCUCAGGUAUGAAGCCAAACCAUUCAAGAAUGGUAUGACUACUUACAAUGGGAAGUGGUGUCAAGAUUCUCCUGGCACCUUAACUCCUACAGCUUGCUUAUGGUGCUUGUAGUUUUUCUUAAGGACCAAACUUCUGGAAUAAAAGGGAAUAAUGGCAUGUCACACAUGUCGUGUCCUUAAGGGGUUAAUUAAGGUGGGAUCUUAAAAAAACAAGCUUGAUUCGCUAUUUUCCUUCUGCAGCAUUUGAAUUCUACAUACUGUAUGAUAGAACUACAUACUGCAGGACAGAAAUGCUAAUAAUGAAAACUUAAAUGGUACAAGUAAUGUACUAAGAACAUUCUGAUGCAGAACAGCAAAAUUAAAAACCAGAGCUACCAUCUUAGUUUUUUAGCAGACCUCAUUUGAGGUAGUUUUUCCACUGGCAUGAAAUAGAAUUUCUAAGCCACAAAAGCACUUUAAAUAAGCAAAGCAUUAUUUAGCCUGAUUCAGCAAUUUUAUAAUGUAUUUCUAAAUUGACAUGAGGAUUAAAAGGACAAUGCAGCCAUCUAUGCAAAUGUUAUUUUUGGACUCCAAAAAGAUGAUUUGUAUAGUUUAACAGCAAUUUUAUUUAUUUAUUUUUUAAACAGUGUUCUAUCCUUUCUCUUUAAGUUGCAUUGGGUAACAAAUGUACAUUCAUAUUCUUUAGUGUUUUUUUAUUUUCAUAGACAAAUGACCAAUUAUGCUUCUGGAUAAGUUUUAUUCUGAUACCAAUCCCUUGUGAGCAUUUUGGUGUAAAAGUAUAUGUAAGACAUGUACCCUUUCAUGGAUAUUUAUAGUAUACCUUCAUUUCUUUCCUGCUCUUUAGGCUUGCCUCCUGGAUGCGAACGUGGCUUCAGAUCUUCACUACGAUCUCAUUUACAGCAAAAUCUAGUUACAUUGUACAUGAGAAUAAAUCAUUCCAGAGAGCAAUUGAUUUAGUUUUGUUCCCACUUUUUCCCAUUGGAUUCUUAAUAAGGCAAUCACAGCCAAUAAAUGUCUUAAAAAAUAUACAAAUUACUAUACCAAAAAAUGAUUUUAAAAUACAUGCAAUAAGUGGUCUAUAAUGAGAAAUUAUGGGCUCACAUUAAAUAAGCAGGUGAAAUGCAAGAACCCAAUGUGUCUUUUUGCUUUGUGCUUUAAUAAAGCAUUUUGAAUUGGGGAGGGGGAUAUGUGAGGAUCCAAGUUCCCAUGACAUUUAGCAGCCACAGUUUUAAAUAAAAUCCUGAAUUUCAUCCAAUUUUAAUGAUUCAAUUUCCUAUCAACAAAGAUUCAUA